GGCGGGCAAGCUGGUUGCCGGGGCAACGAGGAAGCGGCGCGGCCUACUCCGGUGUGUCCGCAGGGCUUACCGCUCCCUCCGUCUCCGCGCUGCUCUGCUCACCUCCUGCUUGGGUGAGUGAGCGCCUCAGUUACCGGGGAGUAAGCGUUACUCGGCGAGGGCUUACUUCUUACGCCUGAAACCCUGGGGCAGAGCAGCUGCCUGUCAGUGUCGGCACUACUGACCUAGAUAGCGCAGUGGGUCUUGGCAUGAGGCAGUUCCACGGGUCCCUGCGUUUCGCUCUCUGAGGCAAGCAAGGCGCUUGGCUCAGCGAUGGCCUGCUUUCUGCCACAAAAGUAAAGCCCCGUUGCUUUGGCUUAGCAGAUUCCAGCCGGGCUGCUGAAGUUUAUUUUCAUUUAUUUCGCCUCCCUGGGAGAACCAGAGGCAAAGGAGAUGAACAUGGGGCCUUGUAUUUUAAUGGUUAUGUGAAGAAGGGAGUGGAUUGGGGCAGGGGCAGUGCUUUUUCUCACCUGUAACUUGCAAAAUAUUCAUAUUAUUUUGUGCAUUUGUGAUUACACUUUUGCCACACUCUUCCUUCAGGAAGCUCUGUGUGCAUAGUUAUCCCUCCCCUUUUUUCGGCCCUGUAUACAGUGAUACCUCGGGUUACAGACGUUUCAAGUUAUAUACACGUCAGGUUACAGACUCCACUAACCCAGAAAUAGUGCUUCAGGUUAAGAACUUUGCUUCAGGAUGAGAACAGAAAUCGUGCUCUGGCGGCGCAGCAGCAGCAAGAGGCCCCAUUAGCUAAAGUGGUGCUUCAGGUUAAGAACAGUUUCAGGUUAAGUACGGACCUCCGGAACGAAUUAAGUACUUAACCCAAGGUACCACUGUACUUGAAGGAGCAUCUCCACCCCCCUCGUCCAGCCCGGACACUGAGGUCCAGCUCCAAGGGCCUUCUGGCGGUUUCCUCACUGUGAGAAGUGAAGUUGCAGGGAACUAGACAGAGGGCCUUCUCAGUAGUGGCGCCUGCCCUGUGGAAUGCCUUGCCAUCAGAUGUCAAGGAAAUAAACAACUAUCUGACUUUUAGAAGACAUCUGAAGUUCAGGGAGGGUUUUGAUGUUGUAUUGUGUUUUACUCUGUUCGAAGCCGCCUUAUUAUUAUUAUUAUUAUUAAUUCUCACAUAAACCCUGAGAUAGUUUAGGCUGAGAGAGAGAGAGAGACUGGGCCAUGAGUUUCAUAGCUGAGAGAGGAUUUGAACCUGGAUCUCCUUGCUUAACACACUAAACUCUACACCAUGUUUAUAAGAUGGGAGGUGAGAUAGGUGAGGCAGCUACCAGCUGCUGCUACUACUGGAUACUUUCCUCCCCUGCUUACAGUACAUAGGAACUUGCCUUACACCAGGGAUGAGGAAACGGUGGCCCUCCAGAUGUUGGGCUACAACUCCCAUCAUCCCUGACCAUGGUCCAUCCUGGCAGGGGCUCAUGGGAACUGGAGUCCAACAAUAUCUGGCGGGCCGCAGGACCCUUGCAGAGUCACACUGUGCUUCCAUCUGGCAUAGUCCUUUCUAUUGUGACCGGUGACUAAUAUGCACAGGUGAGGUAAUCUGUUUUUAGUCCAAUGAGCUUUAUGAAAAUGAGGAUUGGUUCCCUUUUUACUGUAGUAUCCCGCGUCCAUGUUUUACAGCAUGAGGGGAGCUGGUGGGAGUGGCUAUAGUAUACUGUAGAUGGAGUCUUCCUUCCCCCUUAUAUUAUCCCCAAAGCUUGGUGUUUCUGAAAAAUUCAGAGUAAAUCUUCUAAAGCACCUCUUUUUCUUGAUAUGUAGGACAGGAGAGGUAGUAUCUGUUGGUGCCUUGGACUCAGCCCAAUCAAUGUAGUAGGUAACCAUCAUUGUGAGUGUAUAUGCUUCAAAACUCCUGCAGCAGCCACCUUCUAUCUUCUGCCCACAUCAGUGCACUAGCAGCAUCCUUGUGGGUCAGGUGUCAGACUCUGUCCCACAAACAGCUGAUUUUUUUGUGUCCAUGUUAUAGCUGAUUGCUUUUGAAUGUCUUUCCAUGUGCAAAUGCUGUUGUCAGAUUGUGCUGUUGGGUUGGAAUAUUGUACACCUGCCAUUUGAGCUGCCAAAGCAAAACACAAGCAAGGCAGGUCAUACUGGGGAAUUUUCAUCUCAAACUUAUAAUCAGUUUUGUCUGUUUAUAAUCUUUUUAACAGUUUUGUGUGCCAGUCUUGCAAAUCUGUAUUUAAACCAUAGAAGAAUAUGGACCGACAUAUUCCUGUGCAUCCGCUACCUGAGGAAAUACGAAAGGUAUGCUACAGUGAGCAAACUUGGCAGUUUUGCUUUCUGGUAUAUUUUAUUUAUUUUAUUUGUCUGCGGUUUGUUGUCAUGUCCAUAACAGAACUAUUGCCAUAGUUCCAUUAUGUCUGUUGCUCCUCAAUAUAUAUUAAUAUUUGCACAUGCGUGCUGCAUCUUGGAAUUGUGUGGCUGGGAUUUUUGAAGAAAUUAUAUUGCGCAAAUAAACCCAUGCACACACACCCAAAAUUUGACAGAUUGUGGAAUCAGUUGGAGAAAAAAGGAACCUUGAGAUGGGAGGGUUUGUAAAGCAGCCAGAUUUAGCUUCUGCCAACUAAAAGCUAUUUGGAAAUGAAAGGGUUUGAUAACGAAGGAGGAAGACUAGAAAGUUGGCCAGGCAGAAGGAUGAUAUGGGUCUUAUGUCCUCUGAAUUACAGAAAGGUUUUUUUCUCUUUAAUGAGUCACAGGUUUCAACAGGGGCUCAGCUCCAUUGGGAAAGAAAAAAUGCUUUACAGUAUAUUUGUUGUUUAUGCAUUCUAACAGUGUGACACCAGAUGGCGCUGUGGAGUUCUGUUUUUGCUAACCUGAUUUCUCAUGCAAACUUUGCAACUUCUUUGAUGUGUCUAGAAUCCAGCCCGUGAGAAUUUUAAAAGUAUAACAUAAAUAGCACUAGAUCAUUGAAUGCAGUGCAGACUGUGCUCUUUUAGGAUUGCUGGUAUCCCGAUUGUGCAAAAUACGACUAAUACACCAUUAGAAGAGAAGAAUCUUGCUUUAGACAGAUAUAAAUAUUUUCUUCCUCAUGUUUAAAAUACUCAAAAGUGACUGACAUGUAAUAGCAGCAUAGGGAAUGAUUUUAUCUUUCUCUCUCAACCCAUUCCCUCAAUAGCAAACCUCUGUGCACUUAAAGAGAUUCCAUUUGACAGCCUUUUUCCACAUGCUCAGUAAUGUGUGAUGCGCAUGCAUUACUGAACAUGGAGGAGGGACUGGCGCAAAAGAUCCAGAGAUCAAAAGUAUAAAUUAUCUUGAGCGAUAGAAUAAAAAUAAUUAUAAAUUAGUGAAAGAACAACAGUAGACGCACAAAAACCACUUACUAAUUAAAAUAUAUAGAAUGCAUUUCUGUGAAGACCUGCACGUGAUACGUAUAUGGCUUUUCUUACUAGUAUACAUUCAUAUGCCAUACUGUUUGGAGAAGAUGUUAAGAAAUAAAGUCAUAUUUGUAAUGGCAUGCUGUUUGUGCCAUGUCAAAUUAAGAAGCACUAUUUAUGUUGGUUUUGAAGCCCUUAGUAGCUGUAUAACAAGAACUGCAGAUAGAAGUUGUUAAUGAGGCAGCAUUUUGCAAUUAUUCCAGGGCAGUGAGAAAAAUGACCAAAAAAAAAAAAAAAAAAAAAUGGAAAUUGAGUGAAACCUGAAUAUGCUAGUUAUAGAAGAAUUCCUUUGUUUCAGUUCAGUUUUUAAAUGUAAAUCAUGCAAUGAGAUAAAGUACUCUGUACAAGCCAGUGUUUUUGGAAAGAUAAUUGACUGUAUUUCAACAGAAAUUGUAGUGUUUUCAUAUGGCUGUUUUUGAACAAAUGCCAAAUAAUUAAAAAUGACACUUCAUUUCCCCUUUUAAGCCCUGGCAGAGAGAAGCCAAAUUACCAUUUUAUCAUGCCUACUAGAGACUGAUACUUAGGAGGGAUUGAACGAGAGUGGGACAGGACUUUGAAGUACAGUAAUUUUGCAAAAUAGAUGAAAGGGGGCUGAGGAGUAAGAAAUAAAGAAAAAUAACAGUAGCCUGGAAAAUGAGGACACUUUGAUUUAUAUUGAUUUUAUAUCAAGUUUUUUUGUGCUUCCCAUUGCUGGAUUUUCUGCAGCCAUUUCAAGAAAACAUUAUAUAUCUAAGGGCUUCAUUCAAUGGUUUAGCAUUAAUGAGCAAACAUGCAGGUUCCUAUGGAGAAGAUCACAGCCGCUUUGCUCCACCUCUGGUCUUGUUACUGUGGUGCUUCUGUGAACUGUUUUAGCAUUAUGCCCAACCCAGGCCUGUGAUUCAUCUUAUUCCAGUCAAAAUACAAGCCAUGAUCUGUCUGGGAGCCUGCUUGUUUGCACAAAGCUCUGUUAGUAUGUACCCACAAACUGGGUAACUGUAUCUGCUUGCACUGUGUAAUAACAGUAUUCAGUUAUAAUGUUCUUGAUGUGUAACUUAUCUAUUUCAUUGUAUUGGCAAUACAGUCAUGUCUAAGCCUGUGAUCCUAUACCUUUUGGAUAAAUCCCAGUGGGAUUCACUUCUGACAUGGGUAUCAUAUAUGAUCGCACUGCACAUUUUUCAGCAGCCUUAUAAAACAGGAAUUAUAAUUCUGAAAGUUAAAAUGAAAAGGCUUUACAUGUAAAUAUUUUGCAACUAUCUUUCAGUAUGAGAUGUCUUUAAAUAUGACUAUGGAUACCAGAGUACACAUUUUAAAAACAGAUGUGGGGAUGGGAACAGGAUACAGUGGCACAUGAGAGAUUUGUGUAAUGCAUAAUGUGUCACAAGCCUGUUGGCAUUUCAUUUUUUUAAAUGCAAGAUUGAAGAAGUAAUACUUUCAUUAUUAAAGAGGGAUUAGUAUUCCAGUUUUCUGCCAUAUAUAAUAAUUCUUAAUUGAACAAGGGAGAUUUGUGCAAGCUUCCACUCAUAGAUUCCCUCGCUGGAAGAGGAUCUGCAUGUGCAUUCAGAAAAUAUUUACUACCUGUUGUUAGAUCAGGGACUGCACUUGCAGAGUUCUGAAGCAGGUAAUUGGUCCUAUUAAACCUGACAGCACAAAUUACCUGGAGGGGUAGGAGGGUCUUUCAUAAUGCAUUGCGGGGAGUGGAAUAAGAGCUAUACUAAAAUUGUGAGUCAUAGAAUUGUAGCGUUGGAAGGGAUCCAAAGGGUCAUCUAGGCCAACCUCCUGUAAUGCAAGAAUCUCAGCUAGAUCAUAAGUGACAGAUAGCUUUUCAGCCUCUGCUUGAAAACCUCCAAGGUCUCAUGGGAGUCUGUUCUACUGUCAAACAGCUCUUGCUGUCAGAAAGUUCUUCCUGAUGUUUAGUUGGAAUCUCCUUUCUUGUAACUUGAAGCCACUGUUCGCGUUCUUGCCUCCAGAGCAGGAGAAAACCCUUGAUCAUCUUGGUCACCCUCCUCUGCACAUAAUCCAGUUUGUCAAUAUCCUCCUUAAAUUGUAGCACCCAGAACUGGACAUAGUGUAGUCUGGCCAAGGCAGAAUAAGACAGGACUAUGACUUCCCUUCAGCUGGACAUUAUAUUUCUGCUGAUACAACCUAGAAUAGCAUUAGCAACUUUUUUGUGUGUGUGCUGCUGCUGCAUCACACUGUUGGCUCAUGUUAAGCUUAUGUUCUACUUACUAAGACCCCAUGAUCCUUUUCACAUGUAGUACAGGCAGUGCAGUACUUUGCUACAAGUACUGAUUCCUUUAACCUUUUAAACAAUAUUUAUUCCUGUGUUUCUGUGUGAAGUAGUGCCAGUUCCAGGGGGCCUUGGGCAAGAUAGCUGAUCCUCCACUCACGCUGUACCCAUCUCCUUCUCCUCCCCACUGUUGCUAUAUCCAUUUGCUUCCCUCUCCCCACCUCGGGCCAAAUCCUCACCAACCUCCAGAGAAAGAGAAAGGGAGAUGUUAAGUUGUGCAGUGGUCACUGCUGCUUCUCAUUCUUUUCUCUGCUUGCUUGGCGAAGACAGGUGAACAGGCAGCAGCAGGAAGAUGAGGAACAUCACAAGAGCCAGGAGUCUCCAGGGAUUGGAAUCAGGCCCCCUACUGGGGCUUGAUGAGCCUUGGCAGGUCUCCACGAUGCUGACCUCUGACUCAAUCCCUGGUUUGAAGCAAUGUCUAUAAGGAAGUAAACUUCUGUUUAUAACACAGUUAUACUUAUCUCCAUUUAACCCAAGGGAUGGAUUCUUGGUUGGAUUGUGAUAAAACAAUACUGAGUUUGUUUCUCCGAGUGCUUUCAGUUAGUACUGGGAUAGGGAACCUACAGCCCACAGACAUGGCGUGGCGUAGAAAGGAAGAGAGAGAUGGGAUGGCAGAGAGGUUUAGAAAGAGCAAUGAAAUCCUGAAAGGCUGCAAAGUUCCUGCCUCUCUUGAUUUUUCCUGUGAAUCAUCAGCGCUUCGUGGGCCAAAGGUUUCACAGCCUUGAUUUUGUACAUCAUUACUUGGUGCCAAUAGAAGAAAAACUUAAGAAGGGUCCUGGUGAAUCAGGUCAAAGGCCCAUCCGGUCCAGCAUCCUUUUCUCACAAUGGCCAAUUAGAUGUCUAAGGGAACCCUACAAGUAAAUUCCUUUGCUUUCUCAAAACUCUCCUGCUUUUUAUGGACAACCCUUAGCAUUUUCUGUUCCAUGUCCUUCUGUCCCCAGGUCCCUCCCCACCUUAACUCAGCAUUCUAGCCUAAUGGAUCCUCCAUGGGCAGGGCAACAUAUUUGUGAAUGGUGGGGAUAUACAAAUAAAAGGCUUAAACACACGCACGCCUGAUGUCAUGUUAUCCCAGCCUCCCCUAUAUUCCAAUUAUGUGUAACAUAACAAAUUGGAAUUGUUGCUGUAUAAUGUGCAAUCUGGACAAGAGUAGGGUCCUUUGUCACUUCAGAAAUCAUAGGCACAGACCUGGCAGAUGCGGCUCAAAUGCAUGUUAAGUUGUGAUCAAAUUGAUCCAUUAUGUUGCCUAUGCUUAAAAUGUAUUAUUGGCACUUUUAAUCAUACUUUAAUCAGAGAGCAGUUAAGUUACUUGUGCUUGAAGCAUGUACGGUAUAUGGAGAACUAAAAUCUUGACAAGUGUCAGAGUGAGUCCCAAGAUGCCCACCCCCUGCCCACCCACCCCCAUGAGAGAUUAGGGAUAUACAGUGAAAGGUACAAUCAAGUUCUCGAAGAGCAAGGAAGAUGAGCCUGUGAUAAUUCUCAACUAAAUACAACCAGUUUCGUUAGCAAUGCUAAAAGCAUCUUGUUCAUUUUAGGAACUAUAAUGUAAUUAACACUUCUGUGACAUUUCCAGAUAGACCGCAAGCAGGAUCCCCCCCCCGCCCCCGCCUUGCUCCCUCUCCACUGCCCUGCUCAUACUGGAGACAUGAAGUGGAAUGUCUAAAACUGUUUAUUUUGAAAGACAGAAGCAGUGAUGCUGCAAGAAAUCACAAUGUUCUUUUUGGGAUAACAGUCCCUCCCUUCCCUUCACAUUACAGCUCAGUUUGUCCCCUUUCAAUAAGUAAUUUAAGUACUUUGGAACCUUAUGGUAUUUAUUCUGAAUAACAGUUUCAUAUUUCCAAGCACAGGUUGUAACUGCCAGGAAAAACAGAAUUAAUUUUUCAUUUCCUUCAGAGCCACUGUAGCUAUGAUCAGGCUUCACGAGGCAAAAAGAAGAAUUAGGAUAAAUAAAGGCUGGCAUAGUAGUCCUGGAGCCAACAUCUCAGACGCAUAGUUUUAUCAAAGAAUAGUUAAAAUGCAUAGCACUGAGGUAUGGCAUUGGAAUGCUUAAUUUGGUUAUGGCUUGUCUCAUAAUUACAUCUUAUUAGUGUUCAUUGUUUUGACUGCUGCAAAGCUUGACUGUCUUUUCUUCCCUUUUGCUUACAUUUGAAUCUCUUUCCCUCCCCCUUCUUCACAGGAAGCUUUCUUAUCAGAUAACAGUCAUCCCUCUUCUCUCAAAGGCUUUGAGUGGAAUAUAAAAUUAAAAUAAUUGUAGUAUAGUCAAAGUGUUUCUUCAUUCAUGGAAAUAUGAUGAGUUAUAUAUGCUGUGGGGUGGUUUGUUUGGGUUUUUUUUGGGGGGGGGGUUACAAUCUAUUUGAUAAUUUGAUGACAGGUCCUGUCCCAACAUGGUUUUGGGUAAAUAAUCAUGCAAUUAGUUCAGCAUUAUAAAUGCUUUACUGGUUUGUGUGGUGAUUUAGGCUGGAUACAUAUUGCCAAUUCCCUUUGGUGACCAUUGGUGAUCUUAGAAGAUUCAACUUGCAUUGCUUGAUAGGAGGCCUCUUUAGGUUGCUCCUUGCUUCUGCUUGCCCCAUUAAUUAUGUUUCCCUUCCAUGUGCCUUUGCUCAUCUGAUGACUAGCCUCCCCUAUUUGUCUCAAAUUGCCAUUUCUUCCACUACUCCGUAUUUCUCUAUCCUACCUACCCUUCAGAACCCUAAACUGCCUUCACUGACUGGGUUUGCAGAGUUGCUGGAGGUUAUUGUAAUGGCUGCAUGACAUUACGUAUGAUCACUCAAUGUUUAGAGGCCAUAUGCUUCUAAGUACAAGAUACUGGGGGCAAGCAAAUGAGAAAGCUAUCACUGCCAUGCUUUUCUUGUGAGCUGCCUACCUGUGUUGGUCUAAUCUUGCAAUACAGUUGUUAUGUUCCCUUCAAGAACAUUGUUUAAGCUAAAGUCUGGUGCUGGUGUUUGUAUGAUUGUCUCCACAAUAGCAAGGUUUCUUAGGUGUUUAAAAAGUAACAUGGUCCGGUGGCCUGUGCACAUGCAGGAGGGAUUCAUGCUGUAUCAUAUUUUUAUUUUUGGGUUGUCCUCCAGGUGGUGAAUUGGUUUGGGGGGGGUGUAGGGAGGACAUCACCAGACCUGUUACCAGGACUGGCUCCUGAGUGCUAAACCAUAGUUUGCUGAGAACUUUUGUUACAUCUGCACCAGAUUCAAAUUAUCAUUUGGCAGAUUCUGGUAGCUUUAGAAUUCAAAUGUUUUUGAUAAGGGUACCCUAGGAGCACAGAUAGAAGCAUGUGUGCUCACAUGGAAGUUCUAUGGUUCUUGCCCUCUUUUCUCAAGGUAAAAUUUUGCAUGUCGUUAAUAUACCUAAAAUAAUCCUACAUGCUUGAGUAAUGUUGUUUCAGUACUUCUGUUUCUGCACAUACACACAAGCAGGAGUAAUUAAAUUGAGUUGUGAUUUGCAGGGGAGAAUUACUGAACUGAAAGUGUAGGGGGAACAAAGUUAUGCUGCAGGGCUUAUAUAUAUAUAUAUUUUUGUAAGAAACUCAGCUUCACCCAAAUAAGUAAUUGUGUGCUGAAAUACAUCCUGUGUAGAUGAUUAAUAAUCCCACACCUGCCAGAUUUCAUAGUUUCUGUGUGACUCAUAAGUGACACGUGCAGUGCAUCACAUGAUGCUCUCUAUGAACACUACCCUAAUCAUGGUUUUGGUGGACCGCAGAUGUGGUUUUGUCAGGCAAGAGAUGAUAAUUCAUUUGUCUGAAGUGCUCCAAAGGAGUCAAUAACUCAGUAUCUUGAUUUUUUUUAAAAAAAACCCUUUUAAAGAACAAAAGAGAGCACAAGUAGAAAGAGUGCUGUUGCUUGCAGUCUUCCUGCCGGCAUCUGAUUGGCCACUAUGAGAACAGGAUGCUGGACUAGAUGAACCUUUGGUCUGAUCCAGCAGGGCUCUUCUUACGAGAAAUGCUUCCUCCCCUUGUUAGGUUAUGUGGAGACCUGAUGGAGACCUUUCACAACUUGCAGUAUCUUUUAACCAGGGGUUGGAGAUAUGGCCCUGCCCCAGUUGCCUGAGCGCCACCAUGUUCUAUUUUUCUGUUGUCAUCUCCCGCUGGUUGCAGCAACUAACAGAUGGCAAAGGCAGAGUUGGAAGACUGGAACACAGCAACUCCCAACAGAAGACACUGUUCCCACUGUAGAAAUGGCUUCUCUGUCUCUACAGUAAUUCUGUUCAGAAGCAACACCCACCUACAUGUUGCUACAGCUAGCAGGGAAAGGGAACAGGAGAGCCUCCCCAAAUAGAAAUUCCCACUCGCAGGGGCUCAGAUGAUCUUUGCUGUUUACAAGUAGCAAGACUCUUCUUCUUUUUGGUCAGAUUUUAAUCUCUGUUUUGUUUCUUCAUUGGCUAAUAUAGCAAACAGUUUAAUUGAUGGGGGAAGCAGCUGUGAUUUCUUGUUCUGCUGCCCCCUAGACUUUUUUUUAAUGCUACUAUAUCCAGUUGGGAAAGGGAUGUAGCUCACUGCUAGAGCACAUCCUUUGUAUGCAGAAGAUCCCAGGAUAGCUCAGUUGGUUACAGUAUGGUGCUGAUAAUGCCAAGGCUGCAGGUUCGAUCCCUGUGUGGGACAGCUGCAUAUUCCUGCAUUGCAGGGGGUUGAACCAGAUGAUCCUCAGGUUCCCUUCCAACUCUACAAUUCUGUGAUUCUAUGGACUCAGCUAUACAGCUGCAAAUAUGUUUUAAGUGCAUUAUACAAAUGUGACACUAGAUGGUGAUGAUGAGCUUAUAGCAAAUCAAUACAUUUUUCAAAACGCUAAAAAAAGGCAUUUUCACAGCGGUUUUUUUAUAGGUGUCUAGAUUCCACCUAUGACUCUAGUCAGAGAUCCCAGAGAUUCAUUGCCCGUCAAAGUAAACAAUUGAGGCUUGAUGUUCCAGUGGCCUAACUCAGCUUUGUAUGUGAUUUGCUACUUCACUUCAUUUAAUCCGUUCUCUAAAUAUAUUGUUUACCAUUUCCCUUCUAGAUGUCCCGGGAAGAGACAGUGUGUAAAUAUUGCGGAGUCAGUUAUUUGAUCCUCCAUGAGUUUAAGCUGCUGGAAGAGAAAGUAAAAGCAAUGGAAGUGAAGGUGAAGUUUUAUGAAGGCAGCAUAGAACGGGAGAAAACACUUCAAGAGAAACUACAGCAGCUAAAUCAAGAUUUUGAACAGUGUGCAGCAGCUAGCAAAUCAAAAAGAGAAAGGUUGGAAUGUGCUAUUCAUCCUUGUUUUUUAAAAAGUAACAUACUCAUUAAUGUCAUUCAAGGAAAAGCAAACUUUGGCUGUCUUGCCAGACCCAGCUUGCAUCCCGAUGAAUUCAUGUUCAUUAAACCAUAGUUUGACUGAUUCUUUAGAGGUCAGUGUCUGUUCCUUGAAUUGUUUAGUACCAGUCAGUAAUGUCAUGGUAGGAAAGUUAUUUUAAAGUCUGCUGUCAUCAGAGGUGAAACUCUAGUUUAAUAAUUUUCUUAGCAACCUAAAGGUUUGUUGUGAAAAAGACAGGUGAGAAUAUGAUUUUGCCCUUCCAGCUGUAACAUGGGAAAUUCGAACUCAGUCAUGGGUUGGUUUGCGAAUCAGGAGCCAACAUAGACAAGAGUUUCCCCACUUCCUUUUUGAUAUAAACACCCCCUUUCCCUCCCUUGUCGGCUUUAACUAUGGUUUAGUGUUACAUCUGCACUAACACCAACGAUGGUAACCGCUUACCAGGGUUGCAAUCUUCACCAGAACUUGAAGCUAGGGUUGAAACAGAUUUGCAAACUCAGAGAAGUUGGUUAAUGUUAAGCAUUUGAUAUAAUUCCAAACUUUGAGACUCCAGGAGGGGAAAAGGAAAUUGUAUGAGAGAGGUGAUGAGGGAGGGGGGAAAGGAGUGCACGUCAUAUGGACUAGCUUCUGAGUUCAUGUUACACAGAAACAUAGAAAGCUGGUUUGCAGGCAGCCAUUGUCACAUCUACACUGAACACUAAUGUCAUUUGGCCAGUACUGGUAGCUUUAGGUUACAAAUCCUAAUGCAGAUAACACACCUGGCUGAAAAAGAAAUACCCCUGUACUUGUUUAAUUGUAUUGAAAUGCGAAAGUUUUAUCACUCACAACACUGGUCUCUAAAAAUCUUUUUGUGGCACCAGAUAGACUAGUUAUGACAUGAGCAAUCUCAGCAAAUAAUAAUAAUACCUAGCAUUUGAAUUGGAAAGUUGGAAGCACUUCAUACAUUAUCUUAGUAAAACAGUUCUGUAAGGUAGGAUAAGAAUGAUUAUGAAUGAUUCCUUAGAAUGGCUUUCUAGUCUAGAUUUGCAGUGGCUUGUGUUUCCCAUUACAGGUGGUUGUUUCUUUGUUUUUCUGCCACUCACCUCUACUUCCACAUCUAUUAAGAUAGUUCUUGGCAUCAUAAUCUUGAAAAAUAACAGCAUCAGAAAGCCUUAUUAGAGGAAACAAGGGUGGGAUUGGGUAAAUGUGCAGGGCCAGGAUCCAUUGUAUGAUAACUAAGGCAGGAACAACAGGACAUCAAAACUCAGAGGGGAAAAGGUUAAAAAGAAUAGGUUUGAGGCCUGGGUGGACAUUUGAGGAAGUGCCUUGUGUACAAAAGAUAAGGGGCUAUUGAUCUUUUCUCUUGAAUGCACUGCAUUUGGAGCCCAGGUGUUGCCAGACAAUUGAGCUGUGGACUUUUCUCCAAUUUACAAAGGAAGAGUGCAAAGGUCCUUGAGGCAAGAAACACCUGAAGCAGGAGUGGAGGGGAUCUCAUUGGGUAAUAAGCCUUGCUAAUCACCAGGGGACUCCUGUUUGAGAGCCCCAGCAUUAACUGAUUUGGCCUUGUUGAUCUAUGAAGUUUGGUAAGCUGGUUUCAUGUUGAUUGAAUGGAAUAUGUGUUUACAUUCUUUUAAAGUUGCUAGCUGUAGAGCUAUGAUCUAGCAGGGCCCAGCCGGAUAUAGGAGUGCUAUCUUUGUGAAGUGUGGAUCUGGAUUUGUACCCCUUCUUCAUAUAUUUGAAUGACAUUUGAUGAACGUGUGACCUCUGACUUGGGUACCCUCAGUGUGACUCAUUCUCAGAAAAGGCUUGCAGAUAGCGCAGCUGGAGGUUUUUAUCAAGCACGCAGGAUCCUGUAGGCUGUGUUAUCUGUUUCAGCAGGUCAUACCAUGUGGGAAAAAGAAAUAGUUCUGAUUGUUUUGAAAGUACAUUUUUGGAAACAGAGCUAUUCUCCUAAAACUAGUGUUUCACAAAGCAUGGAUGUCUCUUUACUCUUUCGAGCUAAUAUGCAAACUUGCUGGUCAGCAGACAGCUCAGGUUUUUUGCAUGGGAACAUGCUUCUCAAUAUAGUUAUUUAGUCAGGGGUAGAUGUUAUUCUAUAAUUGGAUUUACUGAUAUUUCUGUCCUACAAACUCCUGUGUAUAAUUUUAAUAUGUAAUCUGAAAGCUGUCACUUGUGUUUCAUAUAUGUAGAUAUAACCUAGUGCCAGAAGCAUGAGAAACAUCAUUGUUUUCCUUUUCAAUGUAUUGUUUUAAAUUUAGCUGACUGAGCUUUAUCUGACCCAUAUCUUUGUCAAUGUGCUUAUCGGCAUGUAUGUCCUCCCUGAAGGAGGAAAUGUUGUGUCUGACAACCCUAGACUGUGAGACUGUGCUAUUCUUUUCCAGUGGUUUGCACUACGGUAAGAGAAAACUUGCUGCUACAGUGGUACCUCUGGUUACGUCCUUAAUUCGUUCCGGAGGCCCGUUCUUAACCUGAAACUGUUCUUAACCUGAGGUACCACUUUAGCUAAUGGUGCCUCACACUGCAGCUGCGCAAUUUCUGUUCUCAUCCUGAGGUAAAGUUCUUAACUUGAGGUACUUCUUCCAGGUUAGUGGAGUCUGUAACCCAAAGUGUUUGUAAUCCGAGGUACCACUGUAGUCCAAAGCCAAUUCCAGACACAAGAAACUUAAUAUGUUCCUUGUUUUGAACAACUGCUAAGCAAAACUCAGAGUCACUUAAACUCUAGAAAGAAACGGGCAAACCUAGCACAAGAUGGCUUGCACACAGACAGGAAAAUUACAAAGCUCAGAGCCAAACACAUUUGUGAUUCUGAGAAGGAUUUCUUUUACACAAUUAUCACCUUAUGUCACUGAAAAACCUGAUAAGAUACAACAGUAACCCUGAUUAAACAGUAUUAUUCUUCUAGGCACUGUAUUUUAGUGUUUGCAUAUAUUAAUAAAUCAAUGCCUCCAAAAAUAUUAUUGAAGGAAUUGCUUUGUGUUGAAUAAGAUUAUAUCAAUACAAAUCACAGUUUCAGAUGACUGACAAAUCAUGAUUCAGAAUUCUACUUAUUUUGCACAUCAAAUAUCUGUAUACUUGCUAAUCUAAGACUAAUUUUAUUUAUUUUAAAAAUGUAGCCACUUUCCAGCUUUCAAUUUCUCCACUGAUUGUGUGUGCAUGUGAAGUAGUCAAGUUUGCCAUUGCCUGUGAUAUACAAUACAUAGGUAAAGGGGUAAAGGGACCCCUGACCAUUAGGUCCAGUCGUGACCGACUCUGGGGUUGCGGCACUCAUCUCGCUUUAUUGGCUGAGGGAGCCAGUGUACAGCUUCCAGGUCAUGUGGCCAGCAUGACUAAGCCGCUUCUGGCGAACCAGAGCAGCGCACGGAAAUGCCAUUUACCUUCCCGCUGGAGCGGUACCUAUUUAUCUACUUGCACUUUGAUGUGCUUUCAAACUGCUAGGUUGGCAGGAGCAGGGACCGAGCAAUGGGAGCUCACCCCGUCGUGGGAAUUCGAACCGCCAACCUUCCGAUCAGCAAGUCCUAGGCUCUUUGGUUUAACCCACAGCGCCACCCACGUCCAUACAAUACAUAGGCCUGGCCAAUUAGCUCUGUGCACCCAGGGCAGCUUUGGGGUGUGUUUCUGGAAGAUCAGCCCAUGCUGCAGGGAAAUCAACUUUUGAAACUGUCAUUGCAUAGGAAUGCUGUUCAAAAGCAGGAGGUGUUGGGUAGAGAAAUCCUGCCAGCCUAGGCUUCUCUACAGAUGGUUCCCAACUACACUUCUCAUCUACCUUUGGAAGCAGGCCUUCAGUUUCUUUAUGUGUGCAAAUACAAGUCUGUGUAUGAAAUUGAAAAUGAAUGUGGUCGCUAAGGUCCCCUAGCAAGAUUGUAUGGUGUUUGCUAACCAUUUACACAGCCUUGAGGAAGGACCCGUCAUUUUUUCCUGGAUUAGAUGCCUGCUGACCUCUUUUCUCCUGCCUUCUAUUUUCCUUAUCAGCACUGGUUCUCAAGAUAUCUCGCUUUGUGCCCAUUUAUCCUGUGUUUAUCAGAUGACCAUAUGCUGGCUGUGAUAGCAAGAUGUUCAGUUUCACAGUUUAUGUGAACUGUGCAAGUGCAGAGGAGAUCAGCAUGUUCUUAGUUGUUAUCCCCCCCCCUUUAGUGCCCAGAGUUAAUUAUCCAUGGAGCAUAGUAUCCUUUUCAUGGUUUCAUGUGCUAAAAAUUAGGAAAGUGACAAAGAGUUUUCUUUCUCCAGUUUGACUUUUUGAUGUGGGAAACACAGCCAGGAGGACAUGGUUUUGUUGCACAUUUGAACCAAAAAAAUUAUAACCAACCUUUGUCAUUAAAGCACUGUGCUUUCCCUUGACACCAAGAUGCACUGUUCAAGUUGUUAUGACUUACCAGUAUUUUCAUACUCUCAUAGAGUCAAAUAAAUAUAUUGCUGAGAAAAGCAGGCAGGUCUUAAGAAAAUGAAGUAAUCUCAUCUGUUAUGAACAGGCCUGUGAGGGGCAGUUUGAGGGGAGCAUAUCACGACUCAGCAGUUGACCAUAUGUUUACAUGCAGCAGGUCCCAUGUUUAAUCCUUGGUUUCUCUCCAGUUAAAAACAUCUCAGACUAAUGGACCAGAGGUGGUUUGUCUCAGUAUUCAGCAGCUGCAGCUUCAUAGAAGUUUGAGGAGUCUGACUUUCUUCCUCAGAAGCCUAAGAAACAAAAAACUCUUCUGGAAGGUACUUGAUUUAGGUCUUCACAGCAAAACAACCAGAAGUCCUGCAGCACCUUAAAGGCUUGUUUUAUUUAAAGCAGUGGUUCUCAAACUUUAUUCUCUGGGCCACACUUUCAGGGGGGAAAUUUGCUUGCACCACACCAAAUUUCUUAUUUUUAAGAAAUACAUUGGAGAACAAAAAGAUCUCAACUAGGAUUGUCCUCAGUAUCACGUGAUGCUCCUGCUCUCAUUUUGAAAAGAUCUAUCCAUAUUGUGCAAAAAAAUAAUAAUCAUACUAUACUGUACUAUACUGAAAUGUUUAAAUGCUUCUUUGAUUGUCUUUGAAUCUUCCUGCCACACUUGCCAUCCUCCCCUGCCACACCUUUUGAGAACCACUGAUUUAAAGCAUUUUUACCCUGUUCUUCAUCUGCAAAGGCUCCCAGUUUGACUUACAACGAUUAAAAAUAGGACAGUUCUCAGGCUUACAAUACUUUGAACAAUGACAGCAUAAGAAGAACAGGGAUUGGGAGGAAGGAGAGGGGAAAGCAAACACAGGCACUAGUUUUCAGUUACAAAGUUCUUAUGAUGAGCAGCUGGAAAGGAAACAGUUCAAGGAAAGGAGAAGGAGGCCAAAGUUGGUGGCUUAUCAACUGAGUUUAUAGACUGGGCCUUCUCCUCCCUCCCUCCCUUUGCCUGCAGCCUGAUUUAAUGGCUGCUGCCAGGUGAUAACUGAGGGAGUGGAAAAGCCAGCUGAAGCUGGCUUCUCAGCAGAGCUUAUAGAGUGGCCCUGCUUCCCUUAACUGUAACCCAAUGGACUAUUUAAUGGCACAAGCUUUUGUGGACUAGAGUCACCUUGUAAGCUGCAUGAUUAGUCUAAGACAGGGGUCAGCAAACUUUUUCAGCAGGGGGCCGGUCCACUGUCCCUCAGACCUUGUGGGGGGCCGGACUAUAUUUUUUUUGGGGGGGGGGGAGAAAAGAAAAAAUGAACGAAUUCGUAUGUCCCACAAAUAACCCAGAGAUUGUAUUUUAAAUAAAAAUACAUAUUCUACUCAUGUAAAAACACACUGAUUCCCGGACCGUGCGCAGGCCGGAUUUAUAAGGCGAUUGGGCUGGAUCCACCCCCGGGCCUUAGUUUGCCUACUCAUGACUUGGGUAGGCAACCUAAGGCCCGGGGGCCGGAUCCAGCACAAGCACUUUCUAAAUCCGGCCCGCGGACGAUCUGGGAAUCAACGUGUUUUUACAUGAGUAGAAUGUGUCCUUUUAUUUACACCUCUGGGUUAUUUGUGGGGCCUGCCGGGUGUUUUUACAUGAGUAGAAUGUGUGCUUUUAUUUAAAAUGCACCUCUGGGUUAUUUGUGGGGCAUAGGAAUUCGUUCAUUUCCCCCCCCCCCAAAAUAUAGUCUGCCCCCCCCCCACAAGGUCUGAGGGACAGUGGACCGGCCCCCUGCUGAAAAAGUUUGCUGACCCCUGGUCUAAGAUGUUACAGAAUAUUAAACCAGUAUCACCCAAUCUUAAGCCAUGUUUGUCUCUCUUUCACUGAAGGAAGGCAACUUGCAAACGGAAAGUGAAGGAAACUUCCUUCACUUCCCUGGACACUAAGCUUGGGAGAGUGUCCACUACUUUGCCCUUACUCUUACCCCAUUGCAAAUGGUUUCCCCCAAACAGAGGUUGCAAGGCCACCUGUCAUGUACAAUCUAGUUGAGAUUCCUGCAUUGCAGAGGGUUUGACUAGAUGACCCUUGGAAUCCCUUCCAACUCUGCAAUUCUGUAUGUUUCCCUGAAAAUUCGGGGGGGGGGUUCCCCAGUUCUAGUCUACACCACACUGCCUCUUGGAAAUUCAACUAUGCCUUGAGAACAGCCACUGUCAUGUAAACCUCAUGUUUGUUUUCUUUUUUCUCAAUCACACUGGGAAAUCCUCAAAGAGGUGUGUUCCUACUUGGGAGAAGGAAUGGACCAGCCAACUUCAGAAGUGCUGAUCUAAAAAUAAUUGAUUAUACUCACUUCUUUAUUGCACACCCAGUAAGAAUUAUGUCAUGUACAAUUUUCAGCUAAACUGGGAGAGCUGGCUGUUCUUUUCAAGGCAUUCCCAGGAGAUAUUUGUCACCCAAUCCUGGGAAUCAGACAAAAAAAAUGCUCUUUUUUUGGCAAAAGAAAAUGUGACGAAAUUGUUGGUGGUUCAUUUUCCUGUUUAUUUUUCAAAAGGGACACAGUAUGUAAUUUAUGGGUAUCAAAUGUUAGCCUGAAUCGUUGUAGUAAAAUGCUGAUGAAUAUAAUUACUUUAUAAGGAACAAUAAGCUCAGUUCAAGAAGUGUCACUGCAAGUUUUAUUAGCUUAAGUAAUUCAGUUUUCAAAAGCUACCAGUCUCUGGUGUUGCUAAAGGCCUCUGUUGGCAAGGAAUUGCUGGUGUGCAUAUUAAUGGUGUAACCCUAUACUUCCUUAUUAUAUUUUAUACUGCCUUGAAUAAAGAUUAGAUACAUGUGUUUCAUUUCAAAAACUUUCAGUAUGUUUGAUUAAAAUGUCCAAGGAGAAGGACAUUCAGUUCUGCCUUUAAUAAUGUUUAACACCUUAUUCAGAGGAUCCUGCUAACAUCGGUCAUUUUCAUCAAAAGCCUGUUCACACACAUUAAAUAUUAGGGAGAGCUCUCCAGCUGGUGCAAGUCUUCAGUGUACAGAUUGCAUGUGUUUUAUUAAACUAAUGUCUUAAUCCCAUCCUUCUUCCAAAGACAGCCUACAUUAUACACACCCCCGUCAACAACCCUGUGUGUCAGGUUAGGUAGACAGAAUGACUGGUCCAAGAUCACUGCGAGCUUCAUCAUGGAAUCCCGGUUUCUUCAGUGGUGGUCUGACUCUCGUAACCACUACCAUGCUGGCUCCAUACUGUUCUCAUUGGCCAUUCUGUUUUUUUGAAGUGAAAUCUUUUUGGGGUCCAGUCAAGUGGUCAAGGUCAGGCUACUGAAAAAUAACAUAGGGGCUUCUCCAUAUUUUGGAGAUGCAUGAGUACACAGAAAUGCAUACAUUUGUGAAUUAAAUAAAGUGGUUUUUAGGCGACUAAAUCCUACUUGGAGUAGACCCACUGAAAUUAAUGGACAUGAUGACAUUGUUGUUGUUUAGUCGUUUAGUCGUGUCCGACUUUUCGUGACCCCAUGGACCAGAGCACGCCAGGCACUUCUGUCUUCCACUGCCUCCUGCAGUUUGGUCAAACUCAUGCUGGUAGCUUCGAGAACACUAUCCAACCAUCUCGCCCUCUGUUGUCCCCUUCUCCUUGUGCCCUCCAUCUUUCCCAACAUCAGGGUCUUUUCCAGGGAGUCUUCUCUUCUCAUGAGGUGGCCAAAGUAUUGGAGCCUCAGCUUCAGGAUCUGUCCUUCCAGUGAGCACUCAGGGCUGAUUUCCUUAAGAAUGGAUAGGUUUGAUCUUCUUACAGUCCAUGGGACUCUCAAGAGUCUCCUCCAGCACCAUAAUUCAAAAGCAUUAAUUAGUUCUGUUUAUUGCAUUGAGGCUGCUCUGAGUAGAGCUUCAUGGGAUGCAACCCCCUGACUUCUAGCCUGGAUAGCUCAGUUAGUUAGAGUGUGGUGCUGAUAAUGCCAGUGUUGCAGGUUCGAUCCCUGUGUGGGACAGCUGCAUAUUCCAGCAUUGCAGGGGAUUGAAGUAGAUGAUCCUCAGGAUUCCUCCCAGCUCUAUAACUCUAUGAUUCUAUGAUUCUCUUAAAAAGUGAAAACUGCUUGAUAAGCUAUCUAAGGGCAUCCAAUUGGCAGAAGCUGGACACCAGAGAAAAGGGCACAGCAUAAGACUGUGCUAUUCACACACAAUAGUUCUUACAUCCUUUGGAUCUGCUGAUCACGUCUGGUAUUUCAGCACGUUUGCAGCUUCAGUGGGAUGUGUUUUAUAGGGUAAAGAAAUGUACUCCAUUGUGAGGGGUUUAACAAGGAACACCAAGGCUAGGGACAAAUAGCUUUUUAAAAGUUUGCAUGUGAUUUAAGAGGUUUCACUUUUCAUGUUGUAUUAUUCACGUAGGAAAUUGGUUUUUUAUCAGGAAAAGAGCCCUUAUUGUCUAUCCAGUUUAGCAUUGCCUACUCUGACAGCUAGGGACUCUCCAGGGUUUCAGGCAGAGGUUUUUCACAUCACUUGCUACCUGAUCUUUUUAACUGGAGAAGGUGCUUGUGAUCAGACCUGAAACUUUCUGCAAACAAAGCAUAUGCUGUACCACUGAUAUGGACCCUCCCCAUAUUUUCCUUUUGUCCUACUGUUGCCUCAGGUCAAACCAGUUUUGCAGGUUUCUGGAGUACAGAAAACUUGCAAAUUGGUUUACCUGAGCUGAAAGUGGGGUAAAUUAACACACCAGCUUUUUUCAGCCAUUCAGAGCUGGAGAUGAUGAACAUGGUGAUGAUGCUGGAACACCUUGAUAGCAGGCUGCGCUCCCAAACUACACACUGGCUUGCAUCCAGACUAAGAGUUGUAUCUAGUAUGUAUCAUACUCAGCAGACUCAUUGAAAUUAAUGGACAUAACCAACUUGUCCGUUUAUUUCGGCACAUCUUCUCUGAGUAGAAUAGGUGGACCACAACCCCAAAUGAGUUGAACUUGGGUCCCGUUGACAUCCGUGUAAAAAAUCACGGCUAAGUCACCAUUAAAAUCAACUUAGUGUAGAUUCAAGCUGUUCACAAAACACCCCUGUGCAUAGUGGACAUAUGUUGAUUUGGGGCAGUGGCUGCCCCCUCCCAUGCACAUUAAUCCCCUUUUGAAUGCAUGAAAAUGGCUAGCAUGAAUCAUUUUCAAACUACCUUCAGCUGCCUUUAAAAAGCCAGUUCUGGUUGUCAUGAAGGUACCACAAAGAGAUGGCUUUACAAAGUGUCUAGCAGACCUUUAUUUACCAACAGAAAUGAAUGAAUGAAUGAAUGAAUGAGCGAGCCAGUAAUCUAAGGCAGGUUGUCUUUGCAUGACUGAGUGGUCAGUUCUUCAGUAUUCCAUGUGUUGUAUUCUACUAAAGGAAUAUCCACAGUAGACCCGCUGAAAUGAGUGAACUUAAAUUAGUUACAUCUGCAAGUAUGACUUAGCUGCCCUGCCCCACCGUAGCAGGGAUGAGCAGCGGGGCUACAGAUGUGACAGUGGCUAUGUCACUGUCCCCCCGCUGCCUACCAGGGCUUUGAAUUGUAGUCUAAGAAUGUUAACCACCUCCAGACUUUUAGUUUAAUCACCAGGCUUUUAAUUAAUUGAUAAACAGUCUUAAAUUUAAAUAAACUGUAUGUAAUCCGAAUCUCGAAUGCCUUUUGUGGUUAUUGAAAGUGGUGUAAAAUAUCUUACAAUUAAUUAGUUUUUAAAUUUGCUGUUACGUUCUGCACCACCGCCGCCGCCGCCACCCUCCCCUUAUUCUUCCUGCCAAAGCAAAAUCAUGCCAGUUUCCGGCUGUAAGAAUAUAGGGAAAUGAAGAUGAAAAUCCUUCUGCUUUAAAACUGUGCAGUGAUCAAAAGAUAAUGGAAAGAUCUGCUGUGCCAGCAAAAGAAAAGAAAAGAAGAAGCACUUAUGUUGGAGCAUUCUAUCUGCUGAGUAGAAGAUGCUGAGCAAAACAUGACUUUACAACUGGUGUUAAAGGCAGAUAUGUCAGUACAAUAUUUACAAGCAGGAUGCCGGGGUGUUCCCCCAUCCCUCACUGUAUCAUCAGGUCUUUAACAAUAGCCUUUCAGGGCUUUAGUUCACAUGUCUAGUGCAACGUUCUUCCACUGCAUCAGCAGCUGCCCUUCCAUGAACAGAAGAUGCUUUUUUUCUCAAGGAAGGGUACUUUUGGAUCCAAGGCAUUGAUUUCUUAUUAGGCAGAUGGUGGUAUUACCUUUUUUUAACCCCCUCCUUCUUUUUUAACUUCUUGUAGGAUAAAAACUUUAUCUCUGGAGCUUGAAAAUAAGCAAGCAGCAAUACAAAAUCUCAAUGAACAGAUGAGGAGCCUCCAGAAAGAGAAUGAAGUUUCAUGCAGACAAACACAGCUGUUGCGGUAAGAAAUUUCAGAAGGCAGUACGUAGGAGAACUAACUUUUUUGUGAUGCACGCAGUAGGAUAUAUCUGGUAAAAUCAUAGCAUUAGCUGCCACAUGUUUUUAUUGAAAUGCUUCAUUCCUAUGAUUUUCUGUAAACUAUGAUUAGUAAAUCAGGUGUGUUAUAUUUGUAUUUGGGAACUAUGGCUUGUUCCAACCAAAGUUAGUUUAAACAAAUCACGAUUAAAUGGUGGUUUCAGAUUCUGGUUUGUUAACAAACUUUGAUUAGAAAAACCACCAUUCUCUGAGUUUGUGCUUCUAAAGUGAAUGUGGAACCUUUCACUCACCUUCUGUCACAUAGGGAGAGGUAAAGGUAAGAAGUACACACCCAAAGGCUCACUGUGGCUUUUUCCCAGUCAACCACAAUGUAGGUAAUCAUGUGACCCAUGUCAUAGGUUGCAUCCAGAUGUUAUGCUGUCAAACAAGCAGGUAGCAUUCUGCUUUGCAAGCAAUCACAAAUAACAGAUUGCAUGUUCAAGUGAAAGUAUAUUUUGCUGUAACCUGGGUUCAGAACUUCGUCAUAGGGGAAGAAGGGGGGACUGCAAUUUGGGGAAGAAAGCAAAAAGAUACAUAGAUAACUCCACAUGCGUUUCUGGGUUGGAGUUAUAGUGGGUCUGAAUUCUUUACUUCACCCCAUCCAUGACCCCAAAGUGUAUUUUUUUAAUUGUGUCCAGUAUUUUCCAGUGUUCAUAAUUUCUAGCUCUAUAACCUUCUAAAUAGACUAAAUAUUGGCAACGUCCAAAGUUUCUGUGCCCAAGAGUUAUCUAAUAGUGAUGCAGUUGAGAAGUGAAGCAUACAUAGUCUUCUGUUGUCAACUGCUAUCCUAAAUUGAGCUUUGUGCUCCUGUCAUCACUGUCCAACUUCCUGAAAGCCUCUUUGUCUACCUAUGUGUGCCUCUGCUUUUGCUGCUCUACCCAACUCCCCCUUAACCAGCCUGCUUACUUCUUCUCUCAGUUCCCUAGUCUAGCACAUAAUCCCUGGAAACCUCCGGCACUGGACCACAACAAAUCACCAUGGUAUUUCCCCAUCUACUCCCUUGAUCCCAGUUUGUGGCUGGGAGUAAAAAGGAGAAUGGUUUCAACAAACUGAAAGCCCUCACACAGGAAUUCCCUACAAGCGUCUUCAUUAAUACACAUUCAUUUGUUUAACUGUGUGGAGCUAUACUUCAUGAGCCGAAGUUUGGCCAUCUCUACCACAAAUCAAGAUUUUUGACAGACUGAGGUCUUUCCGAAUCAGAAAAUUAUCCAAAAAUGCAAGAUGCCUACAAAUUGUUUGGCAUUAAAAAAAAAUAACCCAUGGAAGUUAUGUCUGAAUAUUAGCUGUAAUCUUUUGUAGAGCACCCAUUUUGUCCAAACAAUGAUAUAAUUCUAAAAAAUCAUGCAAGUUAAAUUCAAAAGUGCAUGUGCUAGGUAUGCCAGCUGCAUGAGAUAGAGAGGUAUUUGGUAAAGAUAGUCAUAAUUGCCAUAUGAAGCUUAGCUGAAAAUGUUGAAACAUAUUCCAAGUAUUGAUGAAUCCAACUGCAAGGCAGAAAACUCAAUUAGCUUCUUUUAUUGAUAUAAAUCAAUAUUUUUUUUAAAUGCUUCUUUUUCAACGUGCUAUUUUGUUUUUAAAAAACCAUUUACCAAUUAGUUCUUCUUUUCCUUUUUGGCAGAAAAACAUUGGAACAACAUAAAUUCAUCCUAAAGAAAGCCUUUGUUCUCCUUCCCUUUAUCAAAGGAGAGGUACACAGUGUUAAAGGAGGAAUAUUUGACUUUCUCAGCCAAUGGAGUGCACUCAAAGGAGAGAUUUUUUUACACAUAAAAAAGAUUAAUUUAACAGCAUUGACAGGUAAAUUACCAGAUUACAACUUUCCCCAGCAUCUGAUUCUUGGUCAUUUCUACAGACUUUUAAUAGUGAUUUACACUUCUAAUUUAUUUUGUCUUUGCAGCACCCUUGUAAAGUAUAUCAGACUAAAAACUAGUUAUUGCUGAGGCAGUAAACCUGUGCACUGCCCCGUACUACUUUAGAUGGUCGGCUGCGAUAUGAUGGGAUCUUUAAUUAUAAUAAUGCUACAGAGAAAGCGAGAUGUCAGAGAGAAGCCUUGUGCCCCAGCCUCACUGAAAUCUGUUUUCCUAUGCAAAGGUGCUUUUUAAAGAAAGUUUUUUAGUUAUCACUGGGCAUUUAGUCUUGUGAGUUUCCACCUGUGAGUUGAAAUGGGUACAGCCUUAGCAAGGGCUUCCCUCGGCGUCGGAGAGAAUGGCUUCCUCGAGCUUCAUAGCUGAGCUCUGAUUUGGGUCCAGGUCUCUAAAAUCGAAACUCAGUCCUCUCUCUUCCCUGCCAGCUUUUGCCCACAAAAAUUAGCUGCAUGCAGUAGCUUAUGACUGUUGACCGUUUUUUAUGGGUCACGUUGAAAUGACUUGAACAAAAUCCAACACAGGGAAUUUUCUGCCUCACAGGAAAAACAACUGUCAACCUUCCCCUUAAGUCAUAGAAAUGAAGGGUCAUGGAAUCUGAAGUCUCCAAAGGCGCCUCAAGGGGUAGGCAAUGGGAGAACUCGCUGUGCUCUCAUUUGCAAAGGGCAAAGGAGGCACAUUGGCAGGAUGCUGCCUCUGCCUCUGCUGUUCUCUCUGUUUCCAGGUGAUCUCAGGUUCUUGUGCAAGUGUUAAAUUCACUGCAGCUUUUCAGAACAGAAUAGCAGGAUAUAGGGAUAUGAGUGAAUUAUUUUGACAUUGGGCCCUGGUCAGACAUCUGACUAAAUAAUAUAUGUUAUAAGAAAAUCCAUUUUAAUGUUGUUUUGCCCUAGAUAUACGUGACCCUGAUUCUUUUUUAUGCACAUUUUUUAUUUUUGUAAUCUGCAUGAAAUCCCAGCUCCUCCUAUUCAGAUGUGUUGUUAUUUUGGUCAGUUAACUACAGAGGGUUUUGUAAAUGUUGAGAGCAGCUGACAUGUGCUUUCCUUGCUGAAUACAACACUGUCUCUGGUUUUUCUGAGUAGUUGGUGCAGAAAUGUUCUGACUAUCUUACGUGAGGCAAAUGUAAAAAUAUGUGCAUGCUUUCCCCAUUCUUUCUGUAAUACGUCAUUCUAAAAGUGCUUCUUUUGUUAAUGUUGAGUUUGGAUGGCAGGAAAUUAAGGUUCAGGAACCUGAGAACAUUGUACCUCUCUGCAUGCAGUGCCAUUUUGAAAUUCUGUAACUGUUUAUGCACUUGGCAAUACAGACCACACUUACAAUUACCUCUGAUUUUUGGUUCUUCAGCCCUGACUUGUCACAAUUAAUGUAUAUUCCAGCAGUGACUGGCAAUAACUAUGCAUAUUUAGCCAAAGGAAGUCUGGACAAGGAGCAGCAAAUAUGCUUGGUACUUGUCAAAUACAGAAAUGCUAUACAAAUUGACAAUUAAAUUGAAGCUGGGACAAAGGUAUCAAAAUCAUAUUUAUUUAUUUAUAAUUUAUUUUCACAGUGAUGGCAUCUUCGUAGGUGUAGAUACUGAAUCUGUAGUACUUAAACAGCCAGCAAAAAUUAAUUGAAAUUCAUUCUUCUUUCUUGAAGAGUUGUUUCUGUACAACAGAGGACAGUCAUUUUUAUUGUGAUGGUAUCUGGAAUUUUAUUUUUUAUUUUUUGAUGAGAAAUCCAAUUACCUUUCAGAAAUAUCCAGUCUGAACCGAGGCUUGGGUGAAUGCCAGAGGGAAAAUCUUCUCCUCCAGGAGGAGGUGCAGCGUUUAAGGUUGAUAUCAGACGCAGCUGAGCAGCAAGCUGAGCAACUCCAGGCGACUCUCUUACGAGAGAGUGAAUUACAAAACAGAUGUCACGAACUACAGAAGAAAACACAAGGUAGGUGUUAAUUUUAGAACAAGCAGCUGGCUUCACUGACAAGCAGCAUGUUUAAAACUUCUAUCCUGCUGUAGUCGGCCAUUCUUAGAGGUACAUGUGCAAAUCUCCCUGCGCCAUCAUUUCACAUGUGCUUCAACCUCUGUUUCUAUGGAUUUCACUUCUGCUUUCAAAGUAACCACAGUUCCCUAUUAUUUUUUAGUUUAAGAGAACUGUGGUUUCUUUAAACGGUGGUAUGUUAAGGAGAAAGCCAGGAUCAAAAUGUACUUUCAGAUCCCAGCUAAUUUGAAACCACUGUUUAAAUCAGCCACAGUUCCCCAACUACAGACAUAACGAGGAACUGUGGCUACUUUGAAAGAAGAGCAGUGUUCCCAAUCUCCUUACAGCCACACAGGGAGAGGGUUGCUCAUGAACCAACUGUUCAUUAAUGUACUGAGAAACCAUCAUUCCUCAUUACAUCUUAACUAGCCCAUAGAGUGCAUUCAUACUACCACAGCAAUUUCAUUCCACUUUGGUUUUUGGGGGGAGAGUACAGUUGCACUCAGUUCCUACUUCUGGGCUUCCCAUGUGCACUCUGAGAACAGGAUGCUGGACCAGAUGUGCCAGGCUCCUCCAAUAGCCUUACUAAUCUCCAGAAACUUGUUUCUGAGGAAACACAGAAGGCUGGAGAAAGGUGGAUUUCUCCCAUCUACCACUUCUCCCCUUCAAAUCUCUCCACAACAUUUUUCUCCGACGUAAAGUAAGCCAGAGCAGAACCUGGAGUACAGUGGUACCUCUGGAUGUGAACGGGAUCCGUUCUGGAGCCCCGUUCGCAUCCAGAGCAGAAUGCAACCCGUGUCUGCGUGUGCACGGGUCGCAAUUUGCCGCUUCUGCGCAUGUGCGUGACGUCAUUUUGAGCGUCUGCGCAUGUGCGUGUGGCAAAACCCGGAAGUAACGUGUUCCGUUACUUCCAGGUCACCACGGAGCGCAACCUGAAAGCGCUCAACCUGAAGCAACUUCAACCCGAGGUAUGACUGUACCUGAUACUACGUGUUUCUGGUGGCUCACACUUUGCACCAACUGAGAAGAGUCUUCUCAGGUUGCCUUACAUAAUCUUGUGCCAUUUACUUUUGCAUCAGUGUUUACUUCCAAACAUCUUGCCCUGUCACAGAGAGAUUUUGUGAUAUGUUCAGAGAUAUAUUAAAGCAUCUCACAAUGCUUUGUACGUACCAGCUUCCCCCCAAUAACUGUGGGAACUGUUGUUGACCCCUCACAGGACUGCAAUUCCCAGCACCCUUAAGAAACUAUAGUUUCUAGGAUUCCUUGGGGGAAGCCAUGUGCUUUAAACAUAUGGCAUGGAUGUGACCAAAAUUUGAGGAGUCUCUUUUAAGUACUGUGCUACACACCAGCUUUGUGUCUGCAUUAUGUGUCAUAAAGCUCCUAGCAGCUGAUUGCCAAAGACAGGAGGAGGUCGUACUGCUUCCAUCUUAGGCACUCAGCCGUAGGGCUCUUUGUUUGUCAAAGAGGGGAGAUGAGGUGGCGGUGAUGGAGCAGCCUGCCAGUGGAGAAAAGCACAUUCUACUGAUGGAUUAGAUAAUACGCUGUAUGCAUGGAUACAUUGCAACAGCAUGUGGACAGGAUACAACUUUUAAUAAUAAAUAAAUGCAUUAAAACGAGAGCUCAAAAGAGCAUUCAGUAUUGUGAAUCUCUUUUUAAUAUUCAUUUAGAGGCACCCUUUGUUCUAGCUGAUCAUUUUAGGGCCUUUGGCAUCCCUGGUGAAGCUUGAAUGGAGCCAGGCACAGAGUUCUUAGGCUCAUCCAACGCCUGUCUGUUUUGGCACAAUCUGGCACCUCUCCUAAUUGUGUCUUGUAGUCUCCUCUCUGAAACUGAAGAUGCAUCGUGUUAGUCUCUUGUUCAUUUUACAAGUCCAAUGCAGGCAUUAACAGGUGUUGUUUUUAAAAAAGUGUGCUGCCUUUCUGUUUUGAUUCAAAAACUUCAUUUCAAAGCCAACGCCAUCAUUCAGUCUGUGAUCCUGACCGGCAACUAAAAUAUUCUAACAUAUUCUAAAAGUGUACAGGUUGUGCUAUUCAAAAAGUAGCUUUGCUUCAUCAAAAUGACAGUGUAAUUGCAGAGUGCUGCUGCUCUCACAGUAUGUGAUUUCAAGUCCUGAACAGCGGUAGUUAUGGUACAGAAUGGCUUUCAUUACAGAGCCAAUGGUAACGGUGAUACAGCAGUGAACAGAGGAAUUUGCUAUUUUAGCAUGUGCUGUUGUUUCGUAAGGAGCCCUUGACAUGUAAAGCCAAGGAAUCCACUGGAUCUGGGGACAAUGAAGGAGAUGUAAAACACCUGCCUGAGCCUCACAAGCUCCUGUGGCAAACACACACACACAGCCUGCACAGCCUAUUUAUUUUUUGAUAUUUGUUUGCUUCCCCACAGCAUAACGUUCUCUGAGUGCUCUUCAAUCCAGAAGUAUACAUUUAAAUAAAAAAUAAGGCAUAAACCAUAAAAUAUGCAUAAAUAACAGCAAGAAACCCAAAACUUUCGGCAAACCCUAGAUAAAUUACUUAGAAAGCCUGGGUGAACUUAAAAGACCACAAGGAUUGCAUCAGGCAAACCUACUUUAGUAGGGUGGUUCCAUAAUGGAGGUACUCCUUCCAAAACAGCCUUCUGGCUACCCACCUCAUAUCAUUCAACAGGGAAAUUGAAGCUGGGCCUCGAAAGAAGACCUUGAAGUUAUUAGGAUACUUAAAGGAGAAGCUAGCCUUUCAGAUAACCUGGUCCCAAGCUGCCUGGGGCUUCAGAGGUCAAAGCUGCACAAUAAUUGUACAUGAAUAUGGAUGGGGGCCCUGUGCAACUUGCAAAACACAGACAUCAAACUGCUCCGUUCCAGUUGAGAAUCUUGCAGUCCUGUUCUGGGCCAAUUGCUGUUCCUGAGUUAUUUUUAAAGACAGCCCCACGUAUAACACAUUGCAGUAGUUUAAAUUUCUAGUCCCGUUGCUCUUCUUGCCGCAUAAGAUCAAGAUCCUCUUUACUAUGUGCUGCAACAUCACCACUGUAAGGGACAGAUAGGAAAGCAGGCACAGACUGAUAUGCCCCUCCCUCCCCCUUUUGUAAUAUUCCAUUGACACAGCGAACACACUUGGAUAAAGUUUAAGCAGUGGGCUGGGGGAAAAACCGCAAACAUCUAAUUACUUUGUUUUAAUGAAGCUGCAGUUAUCUAGAACUAGUUGUUUUAUUAAGAGUGAUAAAUGCAUUGAGUAACAGGCAGUGAUGGAGCAGUUAUAGCUGACAAGUAAAAAUAAAAACCACAUAUUAAUAAUUGCACAUUUUGUUCUCACUGAAGUAGUUUUAAAUAUUCAUAUUUCUUUCUCUAAUCUGCCUUUCUGUUCUUAGAGGUCAGUAUGACCGGAAAAUCAGUAAACUAAAUUCCUGUUUAUCCCCAGAAGAGGGUGAAUGUUCUCUUAUUUUCAAUAAACAUUUUACAUUGUAAACCUCUCUAUGUUCCUUGGAUAAAGGGUGGUAUAGGUAUUUAGCAAACAAACAGACAACAACAUCAUGACUGUCAUGAAGGAAAAUAAAAAUAAAAACUUAAUAGGCUGAAUUACUAUUUUCCCAGGAAAUAACUAAUCAAACCAAAAUAUAUUUUAAUCAGUUAUGUUUCUGCUUUGCUGUAAAUGGAAGCAUUUUAAACAAAACAAUCUAUUCCCACUAGGGGAGCCAGAAAGACUAAAAAAAAUGUGUGCAGAAAGCCAUUAUUUGUAAUUUAAUUUCCCAUGUGCUUAAUGUUUCAUUGUACUAACCGGAAUAAAACUUUUUGCAGAGAACAUAACCUAAAAGAGACAGGCAUGCAAAAUAAUUGUCAAUUUUCUCUUGCUACUUGUAAAAUAAGAUCCUCAACACCAUGACGUCAACAAGCACAGUAAACAUAUUUAUUGCAUUUUUAUCCCUCCCUCCCUCCCUCCCUCCCUUCAAGGAGCUCAGAACAGCAACAGUCCUAUCAAUAACCUGAGGCUGAUCCUCAUGUUAUGCCCCCUACACCCUGACAGGAAACUGCAGUACAGUGGUACCUCGGGUUAAGUACUUAAUUUGUUCCGGAGGUCCGUUCUUAACCUGAAACUGUUCUUAACCUGAAGCACCACUUUAACUAAUGGGGCCUCCUGCUGCUGCUGCCGUGCCGCCGGAGCACGAUUUCUGUUCUCAUCCUGAAGCAAAGUUCUUAACCCGAGGUAAUAUUUCUGGGUUAGCGGAGUCUGUAACCUGAAGCGUAUGUAACCCGAGGUACCAUUGUUAGUGCUCUUUGUGGCAAGGGGCUGUAUGCACAAGCUGUAAUGUGCAAAGGCUGCUCACCCCACGAAUCAGCCUUAUUACCUGGAGGCUUUACAUACUUGGUGUAGUAUGUGUUUUUAGUAAUGGCUGGCAUGAAUGUGGAGGCCGAUCCUUGACAGGAAUGGCCUCCACACAUUGCAGCUUCUGCAUGCAUGCUGUCGUCAAAUGUAAGCAUUUCCAGUGGAAAAAGUGUAAGGUCUAUGACAGAUUUUAGUUGUCAGCCAUGCAGCCCUGGUAUUCUGUUGCCUUUCUGUGGUAUCUUUAAAGACCUAACAAAUUUUAUUAUGGAAUAACCCUUUAUAGACUAGACUGACUCAUCAGGUGCUUAACUUUUAGGUUAUUUGUAACAUUAAUCCUACAAUAUUCCAAUUUUCUUAAGGAACUUUUUGUUUUUUCAUGUAUUUUGAUGAGGCUUGAUAAUUUGUGUGAGAGAGAAUGAGUAAGUGAUAUGUAAAGCAUACUUAUUUCUCUUAUAUUUCAUAAAAUCAUCAAAUUGUAGAGUUGGAAGUGACCACAGGGGUUAUCUAACCCAACUUGGGGCUUGAACUCACAGUCCUGAGAUUAAAAGUCUCAUGCUCUGCCUACUGAGCUAUCUCAGGACAAACUCCUGUUGGGUAAGGGGUGUGGCUUAGCCUUGCGGAGCACAUUCUUUGCAUACAAAGGCCCCAGGUUCAAUUGCCAGCAUCUCCAGAAAGGGCAGGGAAAGUCUGCUAUCUAAAACCGUGGAUAUCUGCAGUCAGUCAAUGUAGACCAGGUGUGGGGAACCUUUGGCCCUCCACGUGUUCUUGAACAACAACUCCCGUCCUCCCUGGAUGCUGGCUGUGCUUGCAGGAGCUGAUGUGCAUUGCAGUUCAGCAACAUCUGGAGGGUCAAAGGUUUCCUGGUGCAGACAGUACUGAGCUGGAUGGACCAAUGGUCUGCAUAAGGCAACUUACUCAAGGACAUUGAUCUCUCCAACUGGAUUAGCUGUCAUGUUCUUGUUUAGUCGUUUAGUCGUGUCCGACUCUUCGUGACCCCAUGGACCAGAGCACGCCAGGCACUCGGUCAAACUCAUGCUGGUAGCUUCGAGAACACUGUCCAACCAUCUUGUCCUCUGCCGUCCCCUUCUCCGUGUGCCCUCAUUCUUUCCCAGCAUCAGGGUCUUUUCCAGGGAGUCUUCUCUUCUCAUGAGGUGGCCAAAGUAUUGGAGCUGUCCUUCCAGUGAGCACUCAGGGCUGAUUUCCUUAAGACUGGAGAGGUUUGAUCUUCUUGCAGUCCAUGGGACUCUCAAGAGUCUCCUCCAGCACCAUAAUUCAAAAGCAUCAAUUCUUCGGCAAUCAGCCUUCUUUAUGGUCCUGCUCUCACUUCCAUACGUCACUACUGGGAAAACCAUAGCUUUAACUAUAUGGAGCUUUGUUGGCAAGGCGAUGUCUCUGCUUUUUAAGAUGCUGUCUAGGUUUGCCAUUGCUAUAUUGAAAUAAUUAUUGAAACAUUUUUACGUAAUAGCUCUUCCAGUUGCGUGUACUUUCGUUUUCCUCUCGGUAGAUGAGGUUUUACUAAGAAGAUGAGUUGGGGGGGGGUUAUGUAAAAGGUUCACCUAUUGUUAUCUCAACAUUUGGCGUCAUUGUGUGCCAUCUUUAAUAUCUCUGGAAUGUUCGAGCUGGAACGAAAGGGUCACCAUGACCGCUUCUGUUAUAGCUGUUGACAAUACCUUUUUGAUAUAAUCUACAGUUAUGUGGGUUGGGUGUUUUUGUCCUUGUCAGAUUUUUCACAUGCUUAUAUCUGAAGGGCAGCAUUAAAAACAUUGUUCUAUGAAAAAUGUAAGCUAAAUAUUCUGAAUACAAAUGAAGCAUUCCAAUUUUUUUGCCACAAGUAAGUAAAGCAGUGGUUCCCAGUUAGCUAAGAAAUGCAGACCCUCUGUUUUUGAAAGGCCAAGCAAUGGACCCCCUACUUUUUUUUUUUUUUAAUAAGAUAUUUAUUGAGAUUUUCCAAAUGUUACAAUAUAAAAAAGAAAAAAAUAAUAAAAAAUACAAAAUAAAAAUGAUUAAAAACCACUCAAUUUUUCCAUUACUUAUUUUUCCUUAGCUUGUUUCCCGGACCUCCUCAUACCUCCCUUUUUUUGUAUUCCAGUUCAAUUUGUUGGUUCAGCAAAUCCUUACCCUCUUUGUUUAUCCUAAUCUUUGGUUUUAAAAUAGUAACGUUAGAUUUUUACCUAUUAACAACCCAUUUUUCAUAUUCCCUUAAAGCAUUACAGCUGGAAACCACUUAAUGUCUAUCCAACAUCAUUCUAACAUUCAUUAAUUUUACAAUAUUUCUGUAGAUAGUCUUUGAAUUUCUUCCAAUCUUCUUCCACCGACUCUUCUCCCUGGUCUCGGAUUCUGCCAGUCAUUUCUGCCAGUUCCAUAUAGUCCAUCAGCUUCAUCUGCCAUUCUUCCAAGGUGGGUAGAUCUUGUGUCUUCCAAUACUUUGCAAUGAGUAUUCUUGCUGCUGUUGUGGCAUACAUAAAAAAAGUUCUGUCCUUCUUUGGCACCAAUUGGCCAACUAUGCCUAGGAGAAAGGCCUCUGGUUUCUUCAAGAAGGUAUAUUUAAAUACCUUUUUCAAUUCAUUAUAUAUCAUCUCCCAGAAAGCCUUAAUCCUUGGGCACGUCCACCAAAGGUGGAAGAAUGUACCUUCAGUUUCUUUACAUUUCCAGCAUUUAUUAUCGGGCAAAUGAUAAAUUUUUGCAAGCUUGACUGGGGUCAUGUACCACCUGUAUAUCAUUUUCAUAAUAUUCUCUCUUAAGGCAUUACAUGCCGUAAACUUCAUACCUGUGGUCCAUAACUGUUCCCAGUCAGCCAUCAUUAUGUUAUGUCCAACAUCUUGUGCCCAUUUAAUCAUAGCAGAUUUCACCGUUUCAUCCUGAGUAUUCCAUUUCAACAGCAAGUUAUACAUUUUUGACAAAAUCUUAGUUUUGGGUUCUAACAGUUCUGUUUCUAAUUUUGAUUUUUCCACCUGGAAGCCAAUUUUCUUGUCCAAAUUAUAUGCCUCCAUUAUCUGAUAAUAAUGAAGCCAAUCUCGCACUUUGUUUUUUAAUUUCUCAAAACUCUGCAAUUUCAGUCUAUCUCCAUCUUGUUCCAGAAUUUCCCAGUAUUUCGGCCAUUUGGCCUCCAUAUUGAGCUUUUUCAGAGCUUUUGCUUCCAUCGGUGACAACCACCUUGGGGUUUUAUUUUCCAGUAAGUCCUUGUAUCUUAUCCAGACAUUAAACAAUGCUUUCCUGACAAUAUGGUUUUUAAAUGCUUUAUGUGCUUUGACCUUAUCCUACCACAGAUAUGCAUGCCAUCCAAAUACAUUGUUAAAACCUUGUAGAUCCAAAAUGUCAGUGUUUUCAAGAAGCAACCAUUCUUUCAACCAGCAAAAAGCUGCUGAUUCAUAGUAAAGUUUAAAGUCUGGCAGGGCAAAUCCACCUCUUUCCUUUGCAUCUGUUAAUAUUUUAAAUUUUAUUCUAGGCUUCUUGCCCUGCCAGACAAAUCUAGAAAUAUCUCUCUGCCACCUCUUGAAACAGUCCAUUUUGUCCACAAUUUGCAAUGUUUGAAACAAAAACAACAUUCUAGGCAAUACAUUCAUUUUUACCGCAGCAAUACGGCCCAGCAGUGAAAGCUUCAAAUUUGACCAAAUUUCUAAAUCUUUUUCACUUCAGCCCAGCAUUUUUCAUAGUUGUCUUUAAAUAAAUUCCCAUUUUUUGCUGUCAUGUUAAUCCCCAAGUAUUUAACUUUCUUAACCACUGUUAAACCUGUCUCAUUCUGAAACCUCUCUCUCUCCAUUGGUGUUAAAUUUUUCUCUAGAACUUUGGUCUUUAACUUAUUCAGUUUAAAUCCUGCAACCUGACCAAAUUCUUGAAUCAGUUCUAAAACUCUUUUAGUACUAGAUUCUGGCUCCUGUAAUGUCAAUACUAAGUCAUCUGCAAAUGCUCUCAAUUUGUACUGUUUGGCUCCGACCUGUAUACCUUUAACCAACCGGUCCCUUCUAAUCAUAUUCAGCAGAACCUCCAGGACCGAUAUAAAAGCAAUGGGGAAAUUGGGCAACCUUGUCUUGUCCCUUUUUCUAUCCUAAAUUCUUCCGUCACCACAUUAUUUACUAUUAGUUUAGCCUUUUGUUCUGAAUAAAUUGCACUUAUACCGUUUUCAAAACCUUGGCCUACCCCCAUCCCCUGUAGGUUCUUCUUCAUAAAACUCCAAGAGAUAUUAUCAAAAGCUUUCUCCGCGUCCACAAAUAUCAAAACUGCUUUAGUAUUUAUGUUCACUUCUAGUUUUUCCAAAAUAUCAAUUAUAUUCCUCAAAUUAUCGGACAAAUGUCUUCCCUGGAGAAAGCCUGCUUGGUCUUUAUGAAUCUCUUCCAUCAAUACUUUUUUCAAUCUCUUGGCCAAAAUGUCUGCAAAAAUUUUGUAAUCCACAUUAAGUAACGAUAUGGGGCGGUAGUUCUUAAGCUGAGUCUUUUCAGUCUCUGUCUUCAGUAUAAGUGUAAUGUACGCCUCUUUCCACGACUCUGGUGCCCUUUUCCCUUCCAAUAUUUCAUUGCAGACUUCCUUUAAAGGUUGUAAUAACCACUCUUUUAAAGAUCUAUAAUAUCUAGAAGUCAGUCCAUCCGGUCCUGGAGAUUUGCCUAAUUGCAUGUUUUGAAUGGCACCUUCUACUUCCUGUUCAGAUAUUUUAUAGUUCAACAUUAGUUUACUUUCUUGGGAGACUUUUUGUAGUCCAUUUGUCUUCAGAAAUCGGUCUAUGUCCAUUUCUUUCUGUGGCCCUUGUGUAUAUAGUUGUUUAAAAUACCUCUGGAAACAGUUUCUAAUCUCAGUUGGGUUGUGUAUAUUCUUUCCUUCCACUUCUAAAUUUGUAAUAGUGUUUAAUUUUUGUCUUUUUUUCAUUUGCCAGGCCAGCAAUUUCCCACAUUUGUUAGCAGAUUCAAAUGUUUUUUGUCUCAUUUGUUUAAUUUUCCAUUCUAUUUCCUGGUUCAUCAUUUCCAUAUAUUGUACUUGAUAUAACUUUAUUUCUCUCAAAAUCUCCUGCGACUUUGGUUUUGCUCUCAAUUUCUUUUCACUUUCUUUUAUUUUCCCCAAAAUUUUAUCUUUCUUCUCAUUUUGACUUCUCUUCUUUAUUGCAUUCUGUUGUAUCAGAAACCCUCUCAUGACAGCUUUGCUUGCGUCCCAGAUUACUCUUUUUUCUACAUUAGUAUUCAUAUUUAUUUCAAAAUAGUCUCUCAAGGUUUUUUGGGCCUUUUUAUACACUUCUUCAUCUCUGAAUAAGGUGUCAUUCAUCCUCCAUCUGUAGGAGCCAGUUGAUAUUAGUUUCAACUCCAUCCUUACAGCAUUAUGGUCGGAGCAGGUUUUUGGGCAGAUUUCCACUUUCUUUAUCUUUGGUGCCAUUCCUCUAGUUACCCAUAUUUGGUCAAUUCUAGUCCAUGUCAUCUUGGCUUCAGAAAAGAAGGUUCCCUCUCUUCCCAAGGGGUUCUUUGUUCUCCAAGUAUCAACUAAGUCCAAAUUAUCUGUCAUCUCGAAGAAUGUUUUCGGUAGUCUACCAUCCUUGGUAACUACCUGUCUUUGUGCCUUAUCCAUGUUUGUAGAUACUACUCCAUUCAUAUCCCCCAUCAAAAUCAGAUUGUAAUCCAAAUAGUCCAUUAAGGUCUCAUGCAACUUUUUAAAGAAUUCAGAUUUCCCCUCAUUCGGUGCAUAAAUUCCUACUAUCAAAAAUUUCUCUCCUUGAACUUGAAUUUCAAUUGCCAGAAAUCUUCCUUGGUCGUCUUUAAAAAUAAAUUUCGGUGAUAGUCUCUCCUUUGCAUAAAUCACAACUCCUCUUUUUUAACUUUGUCAGAUGAAAUAAACUCCUGUCCCAAUCUCUUGUUAAUCAGUAGUUUCCUGUGUAACAUUGUUACAUGUGUUUCUUGUAGACAAACCACGUCCAAGCGUUCCUUUUUAGUAACUGAAAAACACUUUUUCUCUUCCAAGCAGAGUUUCGACCAUUACAAUUCCAACUUAACAGUUGCAGAGCCAUGAUGGGGUUACUUCGUUUUACCUCCAACUGCGCCAAGUGUCUGUUCUUGUUCUGUCAGUGGUGUCACUUUCUCUGGACCAUGCAAUCCAAAAGAUAGGUUUGCUAUAUCUAGUAUUCCUUUUUCCAGUGCUUUUGGCUCUUCUCCAGAUUCCACUUCUUUCUGUAGAUCUUCUCCGUGAUCCUUCAAAAACCUAUCCUUGUCAUUGACUGAUCUUAUUUUUAUCUUUCUUCCUUUAUAUUUAAAGGACAGGCCUUGAGGGAAUUCCCACCUAAAGAUAAUUCUGUUACUUCUCAACAGGGCAACCAGAUCUCCGUAAUUAAGCCUUAAAUCCAAAAGAUGUUUUGGAAUAUCCUUAAAUAUCUCCACACUUGAGUCGUAAAUUUCUACAGUCUUUUGGUAAUGCAGAUUCAAGAUUUGGUCUCUCUCCUCUUUUGUUCGAAGGGUGAUCAAGCAGUCUCUCACCUUGUUCCUCCUUCCUCCUCUUCCAAGUCUAAAUGCACUCACUAUCUUAAAUCCUUCCUUUCCCAAAUCCUGUUGCCAGAAAUCUGCAAAUUCCUGCGUAAGAAAAUCAGCCAAAUUAUCUUUCUCACGUUCUGGUACAGCCCUGAUUCUUAAAUUUCUUUGUUUCUCCUUCAAUUCAAUCAUAGACAACGUCAAACCGUGGUCCUCCAAGUUGCCUAUAUAUCGGUGGUAUCUUCUCUUGAGUAGCAGUUGCUAUAUCUUUUGCUUCUUCAGCUGUCUUUCGGGUCGAAGCAGAUUCCUGUAGUAAUUUUUCAAUAGACUCUGUGUUGGUAUUCACCUUCUGUCCCAAAUUAUUGAUGCUUGUAGUAUUUUGGUCAAUUUUAACUGAUGUUUCAGCUACUUGUUUAGCUAAAUUUUCCAAAGAUUCAUUAAUUUUACCAAGUGCCUGAGCCAAAACGUCUUCGGACGACAUAACUUUUGGUUUAACUUGUGGAGGUGCAGCCCCUGGUGUUCCAGAUGGUCCAGAAGGACCAGAUGUUGAAGCCCUUCGCUGCAACGCAGUAUCUGUCCGAUAGGGUCUGCCAGACCUAGUAGUUUUUUUCCUGCGUCAACUCUAACUUUCCUCUUCCAUCUGCCAUAACAUUCUCAUGAGAGUCCAAGGUCGAUCCCACGGCUGGAAUUUGUUUUGAAAUGGAAAAUUCCUCUAGCCCAGUUGUUAUUGUAGCAAUGUCAAGCCUCCUCUAGAGGGACACAGUAACAGCCAAGGCUUGCAACUUUAAGAAAAGAAAAUAUCCUUAUAAGUUCCCCAGUUCACAUAAAAACAACAGUUUCAGUUGCACUUAAUCAGUUACUUUAAAGCCAGGAGAAGUUCAGAAACACUGUAUCUCUUUUGCAGAGUUAGCUGUCAAAAGUCCUCUGCUUACCGAUAGGCUUUCCACAGAGCGGCAUUUCUUAUCUCGGGGCAGUCCGUUCCCAGGUUUUAGGCGGUGGAUUUUAGCUCUUUCCCCCCCUUUUUUUUGCAGAUAAAUACAGUUCAAACCUUUCCCCCCUCCUCUCCUGCAAUCCGGAGGGGAGAUCACUUUCCUGAUGUUGAGAUUUAAAUCUUUUUUCAAACGUCUUUCGGAGUUUCCGCUUACAGUCUCUUUGCUUUGAUCUAUUUACAAGAAAGGAAGGCAGACUUCCUGUUUAUACCUUCCCGCUUCAGUGCUGAAUUAACUUGUUUUUCCCUUUAAAUCCAAUUUAAUCCUACUCACGGGUAGUUGCUUUCAAAGUCAGAUUGUCUCAGGAAAAAGUCAGCGCUCUCCGAUAACGGCUAUGCGUCUUCACUCCGCGGAAGAAGCAGUCGACUCUCAGCACCGCGCCGCUCACCCCGUCUCGCUCCGGAGCCCUUAAAAGGGCCCCUUCGCAGUUUGGGGGGGCGCAAAAGGUGCCCGCCGAGUCCCCACGUUCACAGGCUUCACCCGCCUGUGAUUUUUAAAGGGUCCCCGCUUCGCCGCAGCGGUCAGACCUGAUCCCGCGGAGCUGGUCCCUCAGAAACUCAGAGGGAGUCCGCCAUUACCGAUGGCGCCAACCCGGAAGUCUGGACCCCCCCACCUACUUUUUUGAUAUAUCUAUGAUAGUUUUUGUUACAUGAGUGGUGCUGCAGACCCCUCGGAUGGGUUACACACACUUCCUGGGGUCCAUGGACCACCAGUUGGGAACCACUGAACUAAAGAAAUAGAAUUCAAUCUGUCAUGUGUCACUAGGUCCAAGGUACCUGUUGUCUUCCUACUGCUCUUAUUAAGUAAAACAUUUAUGAGUCACCUUUCCACUCAGAAACUAAGCACCCAAGGCUAUAUUCAACCAGGUAUUUACAGGCUGACAUGGCUGCUUUUCUGGAAUCCUAAGCUCUUGGGUAUUUUCCCAGUAUUGUGGCUGUGUGUGUUUGUGUGUCUUUCUCUGGGAUUGUAUUUAGUCCAGGCAUUUUGAAGCUUUGUUAUUGUUGUUCCCUGCCACUGCCAGUCAGUUGGCUUAAAUGAUUUCACUGAGGGGAAAACAGCAGGCUUGGGAGAUAUACAAUCUGAGGUGCUUCAGUAUACCCACAGCAGGGUGCAGGAAGCAAGGCAAGUUGGCAGCCACUGUGUGCUAACAAAAGCUGACAGAUUAACUCCUGGGGGUGGGGGAAGUGACUGUGAAACUUCUUUAUUUUCUCCAUCAUUUGCAGUGAUCAUUUGUCCGUAUGGCCCACUGUAAUUGUUCAAAGCAAAUUAAUGUUUGGGGGAAACCAUUUGUCCUCUUCUUUUGAACAUCAUCUUAAGAAGGUUCUAAGUUGUCAUUCAUUUUCCAUUUCUUUUUAUUUUGAUUACACACCUUAGGUACAUGCAGUACCCAGGUGCUCUGGAUAUGCUAGACAACAAUGACGAUAGAGUUAUCUGUGAUGUGCAUAUGAAGUACUUCAGGGUAGAAAUAGUUUCAAAUUCAAGGGGUACCAAGAUUAAUGCAGCAAUUAUCAUCAAAUGCUGUUUGGUUGUGAGGUUAUUUAUGGGGCACUUAGAGCCUAGGGCUUGCCGAUCAGAAGGUUGGCGGUUCAAAUCCCCACGAUGGGGUGAGCUCCCAUUGUUCGGUCCCAGCUCUUGUCCACCUAGCAGUUUGAAAGCACACCAGGGUUCAAGUAGAUAAAUAGGUACCGCUCCAGCGGGAAGGUAAACGGCGUUUCCGUGCGCUGCUCUGGUUCGCCAGAAGCGGCUUAGUCAUGCUGGCCACAUGACCCGGAAGCUGUCUGCAGACAAACGCCGGCUCCCUCGGCCUAUAGAGCAAGAUGAGCGCCGCAACCCCAGAGUCGUCUGCGACUGGACCAGGGGGUACCUUUACCUUUUUACCUUUAGUAAAUGACUAUCCCUUCUUGCUGCCCAUUUCUAGCUUCAUUGUACGUAGGUAGCCUAGCAGUCCCUGGCAAGAUGUUUCCACAGCUGAGGUCUGUGAUCUGCCACUUUGCGCAUUACACUGGCCCCAUGGAUGCUGAUGGAGUGACUCCUACAUCUGCAAAAAUCUCACCAACUGUAAAGUGUGAAUUUGCCCUCUCUGAGUUAAUAGUAUCAUCACUUGUCUAUACCAGCUGCCUAAAAUAUCAAUUGUUUGAAUUUUUAGAAAUGUUCCCUAGGCUAAUGAUAGUGUAUAAGAAUUUAUAGCACCUUAAGGAUAGGACAGCACAAAAACAAUUUUUUAAGAAUCUCCUUUCUGAAAUUGGAUUUAUUGGACUGUUGUAUAAACCAGUGGCUUUUAUUUCCAGAAUGAUUUUUUAGAGUACUGGUUAUUACAAUAUUAUGUGCAAGUUUAAAAUCGGUCUAGAAUAGACAGUAAGAAAACAAAAUAAACAUACUAAUUACUUCAUAUCGGUAAUGCAAAAUCUGUUGAAAGACCAAUUCCUAUCAGUGCCUAUCAGUUUCAGAAGUUGACGCUGCUUGACUUCUUUUUACAAAAAGCUUAUAUACAGGAUGUUUAUUAUACAUUGUUAUUGUAGAAAGGUGCCUUGUUCUUGUAUCACUUUAAAUCACAGAUGAAGUAAGGUGAAUGUACAGCAUGCUGGUGUAUGAUGCUGAAAUCAUGGGCGCUUGGUUCUUCCUUUGUUCCUGCUGCCCCUGAACUGCUGGGAGCUAAGCUCUGAUAUGGCUGAAGCUGAACAUUUGAAGAUUCUGGACAUAUAAGAGAAAGUUAUUCAUGCAGCACACGAUUAAACUAUUGCACUAGCUCUCUCAGGAGAGAGUGAUGGCCACCAAUUUGGAUGGCUUUAUGGCUACUAGCUUCAAUGGCCAUGUUCCACUUCCUUUAACUGCGGUUUAAAGUGACAUGCAAAUGAGAGUAUUAAAAAAGACUAUCUGCUGUAAUGUGCGCAGCCUACUAUGGGCUUUCGAGGAAUAACGCAGGAUAGAAUAAUAAUGUUAAAUGAUGAUAAUAUAUAUUAACAAUUUCUUAUUUCAGAUUUAACAAGUCAAGUAGAGACAAUUGAGCACAAGUUCCAGAAAGCAGCUGCCGAAAUCAGCCAUUAUAAAGAACUAUCCGUGUAAGACACUUAAUUUUAUUCAUAUCAGGUAUAAAUUUUAUUCAUAACAGGUAUCUUUUUUUCUGCCUGAUUCCCCUAUAAUUAUGUGCUAAAAUGUAAGAGAUAAUGAAUACUAGGUUAGUUUACUGAAGUCUGCUAAGGACAGAGAGUAGUGUUGAUUUUUAUUUUCAAGGUAUAUAAGACAUGGAACAUAUUGUUGCAUGCAGCCUCAAUCUCCUUUCACACCACCCCAAUCUCUGAGUGGUGCAAGAUUCCAGGGUUCAUGUUUCCUUUCAGAAUGAGGCUGCAGUGUCUUUAAGAUACAGGGUUUAUUUACACAUAUAUACAACCUGAGCCUACAAUGGAGGGGUUCACAGCAUUAGCACCUCAUGAGGGUCUUGUUUCUCCCAUAGUCACAGCCUUGGAUUCAGACAGACACCAUUGCUCUCUCUCCCUGCCCCCAGCUUGCUGCUUUCCUUCUCAGUGACAUCACUUCUCUAACCUAAGCUACGGCUUUAUCUCUUAAUAGCCCAUCACCUCACGGCAAACUAGCCUAGUUCAAUUAAGUUUUAACACUUACUGUUUCCAGGGGAUUAGAAGUGUCAAGCACUCAGCUUAGCACCCCAAGCCUUAAUUAAAUCUUAACAUCUACUGGACCCAGGAAUUUAGGGCAGUCUGGGACCCACAAACUCAUAACACUAUUUUAUUAUCUUUGUGGUGCCUUAUUACGUUGUAGGUUGUUGUCCUCUUCUGAUCCCAUGAAGCAACCUAUCUUAGUGAGCAACUUGUUCCAAGGAGAGCUGGAAAUGAAAUGAACCCUUUUGAUCUCCUAUGUUUCCUCUUAUUUUGGAGAGCAAUAGUCUUUUAAAGAGAGAGACACCUCUCUUAUUGUGCUCCUGGAUUUUCCACUUGGUGUGUACUCCCUGCACCAUUGUACUGUAGGAGUGGGGGACACUCAGUUUCUCAGGCCUGGAAAAAAGUCAAUCAUUGUAUCAUUUUACUGUUGUUAGCCGCUCUGAGCCCGGCUUUGGCUGGGGAAGGUGGGAUAUAAAUAAAAUAUUAUUAUUAUUAUUAUUAUUAUUAUUAUUAUUAUGAGUUUCCCGGCUGUGGUCCUAUGGGUCUUGGUGCUGCCUGCCAGUCUUAGCUUCAGUGGACUCCUGAACACCAGCAUCAUGCUUAGAGCCAGAAACCCAGGCCGCCUCCUCUGCUGGUGACCCUGUAACUUCCAACUCAAUAUCCUUGCCACUGCUAGAUUUGGGGAUCAAGAGAGUUAACGAGGUUAUACGCAUAGUGUAUUUUUGAAUGAGUAGAGAAGUUAGAAAAACAAUUCAGGAGAUACUGGGAAUCUUUUACACUGUAAGGAAGUUGAACGUAGCAGCCCUGCUGGAUGAAACCAAAGGCCCACUGUCUGCAAACAUGGAACUCCAUAGCCAUUGGUUGGGCACUUUAAGGCUCCUGACUCUGCAGUGGCAGCUACGUCUCUACCUGCCCGACACCUGAAGGCACAUAUUAUGUCACGUGUGGGUCAGGCUGAUGUGAUUUGUGGGAAGUGACCAGUAUGGACAAAAGCCCAUUUUUGUUUCAGAUUUUGAGUACAUGGCAUCUGGCACUACAGUGAUAAGGAACAGUGGCACACAAACCCUCUCACUCUUCCAACAUACAAUUUCCAGCAGCAAGGUGGUGGUGGUGGUGGUGGGACCCAUUUGUACAAAGUGAAUGCAAGAGCCACAAAGAAAACAGGAAAUCCUGCCAAGUCAGAGUAUAGAGCUCAUAAAAGGAACAAGCGAGGCUGAGAUCUAAGUGAAAAACACCUGCAGGCACCCAAAGUCAAGGCAGAUGCUUAUAUAAGAGGUGCAGAAAAGCCUGCCGCAAAAUAUGGGUGGAGAAUGCACUGCGAGCGAGUGGCUGCUUGGCUUGUUCAGACCGCAACACAGUCCUGUACGAAGAAGCCCAAACACUUGCCCUACAAGAGGGAGGCCUGCCACUGAGCAUGUGGAAAUGAUAUAGCCGGUAUAAACAGACUUUAGUGAAAGAAACAUUAUUAGCAAGAAUGGUGAAAAGUUCAUUACCCAUAAUAGCCAGUUCCGGUUAAAUGAUAAAAUCCAUUGGCACCGUCACAAGAAUCAUCUUUCGGGGUCAGACCAAAUGGUCCACCUAGCCUAGUAUCCUGUCUACAACCUCCAUUGGUUCUAAUAAAUCCAAGGGAAGAGGUUGUUUGUGGUGUAUCACGCUCCCAGGGGAGCUUUUCGGCUCCCUGCAACCCCUGCUUGUGAAGGCCAGAGAAUCCUCACAAGAAGGACAAAUUGUCAGAUCCCUUUUCGCAUUGCUGGAUGGGCUAUGCACACAAGCACAGGUCUUAUAAGAGCUACCUGUACCGAGUCAGACCAUUGGUCUUUGCUUCAUCUGCAUCAACACUAUUAACACUGACUAGUCAUAGCUCUUUAAGGUUUCAGAAAGGAGACUUUUCCAGCCCAUCCAGGAAAUAUCUGGGGUUGAAAUUUGGACCUUUUGCAUGGAAAGCAUAGCAUGUGCUCUCCCACUAUCAUACAGUUCCCGGCAUUCACUAGAUACAGUCAUGAUUAGUAAUAUUUGCCCUUAAUACUUUUUUCCUUGCUAUAUAAAAAGUGGACUUUUAACCAUAACAAAUUCAGGAGUGAAAUUCCUUUUUAUAUUUGUGGUGCAUUUUACAUUCAGAGGUAGUGUACAUGCAUUGUUAUUUCAAAAAACAGCAAUCAGCAUUCUUUUCAACAGGCUUUCCUUCCUUGAAAUAUAUAUAUGGUUUCUUUAUGACAUGUACGUUCUUGCAUUCACAUUUGGGGGGGGGGGAGUGGAAAAUCAAAUCUACAAAUACCCUGUUGCUAAGCGUUCCAAAUAUUUUAACAGUAAUUGAAAUGAAAAACACAGUGAUUGCAUAUUCAUAAAUAUACCAUAAUGAGUUUCCAUAAUGAGUCUGGGUCUAAUUUAGCGAAGUAGUAUAUUCUAUUUCAGUUUAAGUAUAAAUAUAAAGAUUAACUAGAGUUAUUAAUAGGUGAAGUAAUGUUAUAAUGAUGAUAAAUGUCUCCAAGUUUCCAGCUUUAGUGGGGUUUGAAUUGUUAUGCUGCUUGCCUGUUUUCAUUCCUGACUUACUGAAAAACCAGCACCACAAAUUCAGUGUUUGGUGGUUGCUACAGUAAAUGAUCACAUACUAGGUUUAAAUUACAUUGAGAACAUACACUGCCUGCAUUUAAAGUGUCAGGCAGCACACCACUCAUUUGUAAUACAUGCCUGCCAACUUUCCCCCCAAUCUGAAGUCCCAAUCUUCCCUAUUGUUUCACCUAUAAUUACCAUAAGAAAAGACAAGAAAAUUAAGGAUAGAUUAAUAUAUUCCUAAAUAUGUGCCUAAUUUAUAUUUCAGAACUGAGCAGUGAAAUAACAUUCUGGCUGACCUUAACCAGCAGACUAGCAGUGCAUCCGUUUCUGUGUGCCUGCCUUCUUCUGUGGAGCUCUCAUAGUCUUCUCUACUUUUGCAUCAAAUAUUGGUGGUGUUGAGUCUGGCAUCAUAUGAAACAUUUAGCCUAUUCAGCCAGAGACCAGGAGCAGGCCUUGAGCAUGGUUUCUCCCUUGUUCCCUACUUCCCUCUAGUUUCCUCCAGGUGAGAGGGAAGUGUUGUGCUCCAAUAGAUGCAGCCUUGCAUGAUACACUCACCAGCUUUCUCCUGCUCUGAGAAGAGCUGAGGAGGAAGCGUGCAGUGUGAGCUGGUGGCGGCUGGUGAUAUGUGAGGCAAAGUGGGAAAAUGAGCUUCUGAGUGGUACCAAAGGGAAGGCAGCCCCGCAGUCUUGUGGUGGUGAUUGUGUGACAUUUGUAGAAGCAAAGAUGAUUCAGUCAGAACUAGCCAUCAGACAGCUUCAGUGACUGACCAGCAGUGCUCAGUGUGGGCUGCUGACACCAUGAACCAUCUCCCACAGCAGGAGUGAGCCUGUUGAGCUGGGCUUUAGGACCCACCCAGCGGCUGGUGAUGUAGACCAGAAAAUGGUAUUUGACUGCUGGUGGUGUAAGUUCAAGAUCCCCUCCCCACCCCUGUCUAACCCUAGGCAGAUUCUCAGGAGACGACGAAUGAAUGAGUAGGCUCAUAGAUUUAUUUAAAAAAACAACAACAAACCAGUCCAUGUUAAAUCCACAUAGACAUUUUAAACAACAAUAUCAUUUUUUUCUCAAUAGGAAAAGGCCUUUCACAGUUCAACCCCAAAACCACAGUAAAUAUUUAAAGCAGUUAAUUUUCUGAUCUGAAUAAAGAAGUGCAUGUCCAACCAGCCCUGGCAAAACAGUUGUUCUGUCAGACCAAGUGAUGGUUAACAAAGAGAUAACUAAGCAAUGUGUCCAUGCUCUGUGUGCACAGAAUCUGGAACAUGUUGGAGGGACUUUCUCUGUCUAGUAGACGUCAGUUAUUAUCACUCUUCAGCAGACAUUUCCAGCAAGAAUGAUCACCCAGGGGCCUGGCUCCAUUUGGGCGGCAUACUUGCCGAGUACAAUAAGAAAUAUCCCUUUUCCUCCUACUUCAUUUUCCAAAGCUCAUCUUCCAUUCAUGCCUUUUGAUUUCCAUCUGCAAGAUAGAACAGAAAGUUUCGUUUUACAGAACUUCCAUAGAAGAGAGCAAAAACUGGAAGCGAUUGUAAUUUGAAAUUGCAGCUCAAUCAUGGGGUGAGAAUGCCCAGUUCCCUUUGUUACUUCAUCAGCGGCGCUGCAGAAACGCUUUUCCUCUGAAGUGUUGUGUAGUUAUUCAGUAAAUAGUCAUUUAAGCUAGCCAUUCAUGUAAAGACAUGGUGGAUCGCACUGAUAGUGGCUCUGUAACAAGAACAACCUGGCCAGGAUUAAUCAAAGCAAGGAAGGAAGUGGGUUGGUGCCAGCAGGGGGUCGCUAUCUUGACGCAUGCCCUGGGGGUGGGGGCUACAAAAUGCCCCUGAGGCUACAGGAACAAUUGGAAGGUAAGGGAAUUGGGAGGUCUGGUGAUCUUGUCAGCAGAAGAGCCAAGCAAAUUUCUCCUGUCUGCUCAAAUAAAUCCCACUGAACCUGGAUCACUAGGGCAAACAGGAGAUCAAGGAAACGUCUGGUGAGAAGAUAAAUCCUUGGAGUUUCUAUGUAGGCAGGGACUCAGGUACCUGGAGAUGGAUGCAACUUCUGAGGCUGUGGGGAUGGGGCAGGCCUCCUAAAUCUUUCACACUAGAACCCUUGGCAUAUUGAUUAAACUUUACCACAUAAAUGCUUUGUUUCUUUACUUGCUUUUCAUAUACUUCCAGUUGAUGUGCCUAGCAGAGGCCCUUUUCAUCUAUGGUAAGGUGUGUGAAUAGCGAGGAAGGGCUUUCAUUUACCUAAUGUGGACGGUUGAAAGCUGUUCAACAGUGGCACAGUCUCCCUUGGGAGGUUGUGGACUCUCCUUCCUUGAAGGUUGCUAAGCAGACCUUGGAUGGCCAUCUGUCAUGGGAUGCUUUAGCUGAGAUUCCUGCAUUGCAAGGGGUUGAGUGCUUAGUGCAGAAAGUCUUUCCUAUUCUAAUUACCGUAUUUUUUGCUCUAUAAGACUCACUUUUUCCCUUCUAAAAAGUAAGGGGAAAUGUGUGUGCGUCUUAUGGAGCGAAUGCAGGCUGCACAGCUAUCCCAGAAGCCAGAACAGCAAGAGGGAUUGCUGCUUUCACUGCGCAGCGAUCCCUCUUGCUGUUCUGGCUUCUGAGAUUCAGAAUAUUUUUCUUGUUUUCCUCCUCCAAAAACUAGGUGCGUCUUGUGGUUUGGUGCGUCUUAUAGAGCGAAAAAUACGGUAAUUCAAGAGGGUUCUGGAAGCUUCUCUGUGUGAAAUAAACAAGCAGAAGGUUUGUGAUGUUUGGGUUAUUCCUUCAGAGAAGCUGAGUACAGCUGGCUUAAACUGUUUCUGUUAUCUCUGUCAAGGUCAUGCUGACAAUAAUAGUAAGGCCAGAAGGAGCCUGGGUUUCACUCUUUUCUAUCUCUCUUUCCAAGUGGUGUGGUGUUUUUUAUAUAGUAUGCUUAAUAUUAAGGUUUAGUCUUAUUAUAAGUUAUUGUAAGUGUAAGUCUGCUGCAACUGGAUUUCUUAUGAACGGUGCCAAUCCUGAAUGUAUUGGAUUUGUGACCAUUAUGCUCAUUUGCCUUCAGUAGCAGUCAAACUCUGCUGGAUGAAAUAUUAAUUGCCUCUGGUCUAUUUUGGAGGAAUCCUGCAACGUGUUUAAGUUUUUACUCUGCUAACUAUACGUUGAGGUUCUACUCUGGAUCAGUAUUGAGUAGGAUACAUUACAGAACUAGAUGACCCUUGGGGUUCUCUUCCAACUUGAAUUCUAUGAUUCUAGGAUCCUACGUACUUUGUGCCCCUUCUCGUACUUUCCUCACUUUCCGCACAAGGAUGAUCAGUUGUGCAGCUUCGCAGGUUCAUACAGAAAAAGUUCUAUUCCCCCCACAAAAUCUAUAUUCUCAGCUGCCCACCUGUACAUAUAUAUCACAAAUGGCAACUUCAGUGACAUCUGAAGCAACCAGGUUGCUUGGAAGAAUGGCAGCUUGCCCAUGGCUAACAGCAGCAAGGUUCCUGAAAUAUUUAUUCUACAAAAACAAGUCUCUCUCUCUCUCUCCCUGUUUGUGUGUUGUAGCAGCAGCAGUAGCAGUACUGAGUUCACUGUUUUGACCUUAUUCCAAAGUUUAUCAUGCAUUAUACUUCCUCCUUUUAGUUUUGGUACUCAGAAUUAGGUGCUUUUAGUAUAUAAUUAGCAGCAUUCAGACUAAAUUAGCAUCUGUGGUGUCAAUGUCAUGGAUUUACAGCUAUAAUCUUUGAAUAUUUGAAUCAUGUUGCCAAAGAAUAUCUAUACAUUUCAAAGGAAUACCUACUGGCAACAUUAACACAUAAUGAUAUUAAGUCAAGACAUCAUUUUUCCAUGCCACAUGAAAUGGCUGUAGAACUUUCUUUUGAACUGAAUGCUUGAAUUCAGCAAUUACAUAAAUCAUUGUGACAGCCUGCUCUGGAAAUCAUUGACUUGACAAAUUUCAAAAGAAAUUCUUUAGACUUAAAGGUCUUCUGACAUUCUUUAGCAAAUGUAUUUACUUUCAUGUAGCAGUUAUUUGACAAUAAUUAGGUAUAUGAAUCAUUGGACAGUUGGCUAAUUCUUUUUUUACUUCUGAAAGUAGAAUAAAAGGAAUGAAUGAAAAGGCGUUCAAAAUUCUGUCUUCAUUUUUUUAAAAAGAAACACAAAGUUACAGAAUAUAUGUAAUUAUGUUCACUACAUCAGCACCAAAGUAAUUAAUUUGACAACCGGUAUCUUACAUACAGCAAUAAAUUGCAACUACAAUAAGCUGAUACCUUCAUUAGAGUCCAGUAGGCAAGAAUGACUGCUUAACCCUUUUUUUUGUACUGUUAAUUAUUCAAAAUUGAGAAGAAAGCAACAGACACCUGCAGAUAGGCAGAGAGUGCUGUUGCACAUACCAUCUCAGACAAGGGUCAGGUGCCACAAAUGUGAUAGCAAGGUUCCAUCUGAUUCUUGUCUGAGUUGCUCUCAGUGCUGAGCCAAGUUUUUGAAAAGUAUUGCUAUACCAUUUAGACAUCAGUUCCUGCCUUUAUCUGUCCCGACCCCAUUCAUGUUGCUGCCUGAAGCAUGUCGUUUUUACCCUGUUGCCAAGUAGCAGGGUUGGCCCUGACCAUUCGUAGACUACCAUCCCCAUUUGCUUCUUGGCUGAGCUUCCAGUUUGCCUCCAGAUCCUGAGUUCUGACAGUACUGUGGGAGAACAGUGGGAGACUGGAAAGGUUUGAAGUCAUAGCAAGUGUUUGAGGUUGGAAGAGUAUGUCUUUAUACUCCGAAGGCCCUACCUUAAUCUGUAGAAGCCACACUUCUGGUACUGUUGUGCCUUACUUUCAACCUAUAUUUUGACAAAGCAGGAUGAGGAAACGGUCAGCGAAUGUGUUUGCACUAUUUAUCACAAACAGUAGAUAAGAAAAAAAAGUUGAACUUUGUCAUGGAUGUGAAAAGGAAAAGGAAAAGUACAAAAACAAAAAACGUGGAAAUAGAAAUUUUAAACAAAACCUGUCUAAUGCAGAGACUUCAAAUGACUUAUUAUUAUUAUUAUUAUUAUUAUUAUUAUUAUUAUUCCCCACCUAUCUGGCUGGGUUCCCCCAGCCACUCUGGGUGGCUCACAGUAUACCGUAUUUUCCGCCCCAUAGGACGCACUGGCCCAUAGGACGCACCUAGUUUUUGGGGGGAGAAAUAAAGGGGAAAAAAAUUAUUUCCCCCCCAGGUGCGGGGCUGGGGUGGGGGAAGCCUGAGCUUCCCCCGACCCCAGCCCCCAGAACAGGCUGCUAUUCGCUAGCCGUGGGAGAGCCGCGCGACUUUGCGCGGCUCUCCCACGGCUAGUGGAGCACUGCACGAAGCCCGAAGCUUGGAUAGCUUCCUGAAGCCUGGAGAGCGAGAGGGGUCAGUGCGCACCAACCCCCCUCGCUCUCCAGGCUUCAGCGAAAGCCUUCAUUCGCCCCAUAGGACGCACACACAUUUCCCCUUCAUUUUUGGAGGAGAAAAAGUGCGUCCUAUAGGGCGAAAAAUACGGUAUAUCAGAACAUACUAAAACAUCAAGCAUUCAAAACUUCCCAAUAAUGUAUCCACAGCAUGUUGUUGUUGUUGUUGUUGUUGUUGUUGAUAUUUAUAUUUAUAUUUAUAUUUAUAUUUAUAUUUAUAUUUAUAUUUAUAUUAUCCCGCCCAUCUGGCUGGGUUAUGCGUAUGAAAGAAAAACUCAGCACAACACAUGAGAGGUUCCAAAUAUUCUUCCGUGGAGUUCUUUGAGGACCUGGAAUGCCAGACAUGUUUCAGUUUGGUCAGCCUUAGUCAGUGGUGUGUAUAGUGGUUCCUUAUGCAUGAGUUGAGCUGUUUCCAAAUAUUGGUUAUAGCAAUACACAGCAGGCAUUUGCCUUGUCCAAGUUAUGCAUUUCCUACUGGGCUUAUCUUUGAAAGUGAUGUAAUGCUCCUGCAAUACGCCUGGAUUUUUAGUUAAUGAGACAUUUGUUAAGUACAAAAUCUAAACAAUAAAUUAGUCAAAGUACAAGCCCCACAUCUUUAUACAAAUGCAGAGUUUUCCGAUGCCACGAUGUGACUGCUCUCUCUUUCUGGUUGAUUGGAUUAAUCAUUGAGUCCUCAUUCUGCCUUACCUGUCAGAAACGAUGCCAGGUCUGGUAUAGUUUUUUGUGACAUCAAGUCAGAAAAGUCAAGUAUUAGUUAUUCUGAGCCAUCCUGAUUUAAAUCAGUCCAGGCAAAGAAGAGCUCUAUGCAGAUCCUUCACCCCACUCCCUAGCCUACCCAUAUAUUUUAAGGAAAGACAACACUUGUGAGCAAAACAAUCCAAAGGGACAUGUCUUUUAAAACCUGGAAAAACUGCUGGAAUUAUAGGGAAUGGACAGUGUGGCAUUGUACUACUGCAUCAUAAAGAAUUUGUUAUCAAGAAUUUAAUAAUAAUAAUAAUAAUAAUAAUAAUAAUAAUAAUAAUUAAUACAUUAUUAUUUAUACCCCACCCAUCUUUACCCACUUUCUGCUUGCCCUUUAUUUCAGAUUCUCAUUUCCUCAUCCUGUUUUCAGCUCCUACUAAGUGACAUAGUACACUUCCUUUGUAUGCUCAUCUAACCUUUAGCCAAAAGGGUAUCUAUCAGAAACAGGCCACAGCCACGCAAAAAACAUCAACUCCUAUGAUAAGUACCUCUCCUGACUCUGUCCUAAUACUUUUUCUGAAUUUUUGGAUAUGGAAGAGUAUUGCUCGUAAUUUCAUUCAGGGUGCCAAUAAUUUGGAGCAUCAGCAAGGAAAUGUAGUCACCGCUUAAACAGAAGGGAUGUGUGCAUGUGUUUACAGUGGCCUUCAAAGUCAUUCUUGUUGCAGAUUUUUUUAAAAACAGUUUUAAUAAUCCCCCAUCUAAAGCUACAUAGUCAAUGUAAGUAUGUACUGAAACAAAAUUCAGUUGCGGUUUGUUUUCAGAACACGAGAAGAGCUCGCCUGACUCAGACAGAAAAUCUACUUGGUCCAGCAUUUUUUCCCCACAAGCAGGGCAAAGGUGCAAAAACACUCUCCUGUUUGUAUUUUGCCAAAAGGUAAAAUAAAACAUCUUGAGAGCAUUAACAAAUAAAGGCUACUGCAUGAGAAGGAUUCUGUUGAUUUUUUAAAGGCAAGUAGAUUUAUAAUACUACAUUUUAUUUUCUAGAAAGAAGUCAAAAGAAGUUGAAGACUAUCAAAGUGAACUCCAGAAACUGACAUCUGAAAUUGGAGCAUCCACAUCUCAGUAUGAGUCAGAAUUUAUUACAACUGUAUGCAGAUGCUGCUCUGAAAUAUGGAAAAUCAAAUUAUUCUAUUCACAUGAUGGUUUUACCGACAUUUUUCAUUUAUCUUAGUUUUUCUCCUCUUUUGCUUUGUGCUGAUUUUCUGUUUUUUAUUCUCAUAUCUCCUCUUCUUCCCCAACCCUUUUAUGAUAACUCCCUUUCCCCUCAUCAAUUUCUGUAAAAUGUUUACAUUUUUAAGGCACAGAAUUAUUAAUAACAAAUGAUGACAAUAGUAAUGUAUCAUGCUCUCUUUCUUGUGCUGUUUUAUAUAUUUCAUCAGUACACAGUCUGUUCACACUGACUUAACUACACUGGUAUAAUGCAGAAGAGUUAUUUGCAUAGUGUUCGCAUUUACUGUAAGGGCCAUGUCAGAAUACAUUUUAUAUAUGCUUACCGACUGCUUCGGUUAUUACAUGCGGUCUUUUUUUUGCGUUUAGGUUUGCUAAUACCCUGAAAGAGCGAGAAGAGUCUUUGCUUGCCUGCCAACAAGCAUCUGGACGUUUACAGGAAGAAGUGAUUGAGAAAGAGAGGAAAGAAGGAGAGCUAAAAAAACGCACCGACCAUUUGGAGAGCGAACUGGAAAUGAUUAAGAGUCUUCUCAAGCAGCGAGAGGAAGAAGUGGUAAUGCUUAGGCAAGAAAGGUAAUCAGAAAUGACUUGCCAUGCAUAGCGUUACAGGACAGGAUGUUCUGCCUAGAUUUUAUUUCUGAGAAUAUCAUCGAACUGAAAGUCCCCUACAAGUUGACUCUUCACAGUCCUCCACACCCAAAAUAAAUCAUUACAGAGCACAGCAUAUUAACUGUGCACGGAACUAAUAAUAUUUUAAAUAAUAAGGGGGGGAAAAAUAUUUUUAGGACAAGCCUAUUCCCAUUGAACGCAGUAAGGCUUAAUCUCUAGUGGGUGUGUUUAGGAUUUCAGCCUUAACUGCAUAGGAUUAGAACAGAAAUGCUGACCCCAAUCUAAAAGAAAUUAAUCAUGUUUAAAUCCCACUUAAGUCAUCAAGAGAACUUUGUGACAGCUAACAAACCCCAUCUGCAUGAUGUGAACUGCCCUGAGAUUUACCAAUGAAGGGCGGCAUACACAUUUACUAUAAAUAAAUUAAUUGGUUUCCAGUGGUAAAUCAUGACUGAUUUCCUCUGGAUAUAGUACUUAAAAUGUCUCAGAUGCUCCACAUACUACGACCACCACUUAGCAGCAAUCUGUGUGGAGGGAGAAUUCACAUCUUUACAAGUGUCCUCAGAGAUAGCUCAAUUGGUAGCGCAUGAGACUUAAUCUCAGGACCGUGGGUUCAAGCCCUGCAUUGGCCAAAAGUUUCCUGCAUCGCAGGAGGUUGGACUAGAUGAUCCUCGUGGUCCCUUCCAACUCUACAAUUCUAUUAGUCGAUUGUUCUAUAAGUGGAUGUUUCUUGGAAGGCCUGCACUGCCCCCUGCCUUCCACCAGCAUCUGAAAUUAAGGAUGUGGGGCCCCAACCACCUCAUUUGCUAGCUGCUCAGCAGCAGUGGCUAUUUCCUGCCCUCCACAACCACCCUCCAUGAUCACUGCUGACAUCUCUGGGAGAUGAUUCAGUAAUAUUGUCCACAUGUUGCUGAUGGGGACCUAGUAGCUUAUCUCAAGCAACCUAGUGAGUUCAAGGCAAACUUGAUGUUUGAAUGAUGCAGUAGUUCACAUCAGACACAGGCAUCACAUCAGAUCAGUUCUCAGCUACGACAUAUCUGUUUCAGUGAUGAUAUUCACGUAUAACAACUAUGUUCAUCUCUCUCUCUCCCUCUCUCUCUCUAUAUAUAUAUUUAAAAGCUUGUAAAAUCGUUCCCUGCCUGUUUUUCUAAGCAUGCUAUCCUUUGAGCGAUCUUUCUGGUUCUUCAAAUAAUGGUAUCUUCAAAUAAUGCUUGCAAUGAAAUGACAUAAGAACAUAAGGAGAGCCCUGCUAGAUCAAACCAAAGAACCCACCUAGUUUAGCAUCCUCUUCUCACACUGGCCAAUGAGAUGCCUAUGGGAAGUUUGAAGUGAAUCAUGAGGGCAAGAGCACUUUCUCCACUUGAGAUUCCCAGCAAGUGAUGAAGAACUUAACCACCAAGAGCUGUAGUCAAUGCUAGUCCUACUCAGAGCAGACCCUUUGAAAUGAAUGAGCAUGACUUUAGUUUCAUUAAUUUCAAUGGGUCUUCUCUGAGUAGGGCUAGCAUUGGCUACAACCCCAGGGUUAGUAGCUAGGGAUAGCCAUGUCCUCCAUUAAUUUGUCUAAUCCUGAAUCUAUUAUCCUCAGUAGUGCAGCAUCAUUUAUACAGCAGGUGUUUUCAUUUUCAUAAGAGUGCAAGCAAAUAAUUAUAAUUGUCUAGUGAACACCUCAUUUCUGCCGAACUCACUUGUCAAAUUUGACCCCAAGUCAGAUCCUGAUAAAAAAUGUAGUCUUUGGAGCUAAAAUGGCUUGCCACCCCUGGCUUAAAAUCUCUAGCUAAGAAGAGUCCACCAUCUUCUAAGGCAGACCCUUCCACUGAAGCUGAGAUUGGUUCAUUUCCUUCAUGAAAAAAACACCCAUGGAGCAUCUGUGUGGAUUUUGCAGAGCUUUCGACAUAGUUCUCUGCAUGCAUUCUUCAGAGGGAAACCAUUAACAGUGAAAUUGGCCCAUAGUGGUGGUGUUUAAUUUGACUACAUUACCUAAGAUGUGAAUUCUGCAGACUGAUUCAACAUCUACUGACAAUGGGUUUUGGAUAGGCUCUUAAAGGUUCUUUAAUCCUUGCUGGUCAUUGACCGUAUUAAAGAUAUUUAUUUUAAUCCAAGCUCCCCCAUAGCCGCCCUAUACUGAGUCAGACCAUUGGUCCAUCUAGCUCAGUACUGCCAACACUGACUGGCAGUGGCUCUCUAGGGUUUCAGACAGUGAGUCUCUCCCAGCUCUACCUGGAGAUGCUGGGGAUUGAACCUGGGACCUUCUGCAUGAUUUAUAAAAUUUUCAAACUGUGUCCCAGUGAAAUACUGUAACAUUACCAAUUUAUUCAAUACAGUAGCCCCAGUAAUACCAUGUUUCUGCUCUGUAAAGGGCCCCUAAGUGGAAACACAACGUGGAUUACAUUAGACAUGGAGUGGGGUUGAAAUUUGGCCAAGACAAGAUGUCUGGAGAUAUGUGAGCUGAUCAGCUCUACCUCUCUUUUAAUCAGAACCAGUGAAGGCGGUGAAGGUCCUGUGUGAGUGUCUGGAGGCAGUUGGAGGAUGGAUGGCGACUAACAGAUUGAGGUUGAAUCCUGACAAGACAGAAGUACUGUUUUGGGGGGACAGGAGGCGGGCAGGUGUGGAGGAUUCCCUGGUCCUGAAUGGGGUAACUGUGCCCCUGAAGGACCAGGUGCGCAGCCUGGGAGUCAUUUUGGACUCACAGCUGUCCAUGGAGGCACAGGUCAAAUCUGUGUCCAGGGCAGCUGUUUACCAGCUCCAUCUGGUACGUAGGCUGAGACCCUUUCUGCCUGCGGACUGUCUCGCCAGAGUGGUGCAUGCUCUGGUUAUCUCCCACUUGGACUACUGCAAUGCACUCUACGUGGGGCUACCUUUGAAGGUGACUUGGAAACUACAACUAAUCCAGAAUGCGGCAGCUAGACUGGUGACUGGGGGCGGCUGCCGAGACCAUAUAACACCGGUCUUGAAAGACCUACAUUGGCUCUCAGUACAUUUCCGAGCACAAUUCAAAGUGUUGGUGCUGACCUUUAAAGCCCUAAACGGCCUCGGUCCAGUAUACCUGAAGGAGCGUCUCCACCCCCAUCGUUCUGCCCGGACGCUGAGGUCCAGCGCUGAGGGCCUUCUGGCGGUUCCCUCAUUGCGAGAAGCAAAGCUACAGGGAACCAGGCAGAGGGCCUUCUCAGUAGUGGCGCCCGCCCUGUGGAACGCCGUUCCAGCAGAUGUCAAAGUGAUAAACAACUACCUGACAUUCAGAAGACAUCUUAAGGCUGUCUUCAGGGAAGUUUUUAACGUGUGAUAUUUUACUGUAUUUUUGGUUUCUAUGGAAGCCGCCCAGAGUGGCUGGGGAGGCCCAGCCAGAUGGGCGGGGUAUAAAUAAUAAAUUAUAUUAUUAUUAUUAUUAUUAUUAUUAUCAUCAUCAUCAUCAUCAUCUCCCAUUGUUUCUUAAAGUUUAAAAGCAGCAGUGAGGAGGGGAGGAUUUCAGCCUGGAACUGCAGUGCUGGGGAAGUGGAGCUUAACCCUUCUUCUGUGUCAUGUUCCCAAUCUAUAUUGGGCAUCCCAUUUGCUUCCUAGGGAUAAUAUUCAGCUACAGUGGUACCUCAGGUUAAGUACUUAAUUCGUUCCGGAGGUCCGUUCUUAACCUGAAACUGUACUUAACCUGAAGCACCACUUUAGCUAAUGGGGCCUCCUGCUGCAGACAUGCCGCCGGAGCACAAUUUCUGUUCUCAUCCUGAAGCAAAGUUCUUAACCUGAAGCACUAUUUCUGGGUUAGUGGAGUCUGUAACCUGAAGCGUAUGUAACCCGAGGUACCACUGUACUUGUGUGGGAUAUGCAUUUUUUCUCUCCCGUGGGGCAAAUACCUUUGGUAGGAGGGACAAGAAUGGUGCAGAGAAGAGAAUUAACCCCUUCUCUCAGUGUCAGGGCCCCAAUCCAAUCGUGCUGUUUUAAAACCACCACAAUGUCUUAUCACCUAGUUUGACCCUUAGUCUUUCACUUCCAAAUACAUGGUCUGUCAAGAGGCCCAACAAACUUUGGAUUCCAUAGCCCAUCAGUCACUGAGCAGAUGUCAUUUUGUAGCCUUUCCAAAUGGUGCCUGCAUUCUGUUGUUUGUUGGAACAUGUAGCCCCACUUAAUUCACACAGUUCAGUGGAAGUUGAGCAAGUGGAAGUUGCAUGUAUGUAUAAAUCCCACCACCGGGUGACUAAUAAUGUCACCGCAUAGAAAUUAAAGUUGCAGGUGAAACUUUGAAUGAAUGGGCUCUUGCUUCUUUCAGAACAGUGCAGUAGUAACGGAAAUUAGGAGUCCAGCAAGUGCAAGUUCUUGCUUCACAGGAGAAGCUGCACUUGCUAAACUUCUCCACGGCAGACCUUCAUAAGCUAGCAAACAUUUAUUUGUAUAGUUAAUUGAAUAAAGUUUCACUGGCUGGGACAGAAAUGCUAGGAGUGUUCUUUCUCCCUACAACGUUCAUUUUUCCAUCUAUAUAUGUUGAAAGUACUCCUUCUGACAAAGAGGCAUUUUACAGGAACAGAUAGGAGUAGAUUGCAAUCCAGAUCUAUCAGCAAUCACAACAUACCCCCCUCUGCCCUGUGGCACCAACCAAGGGCUCUGAUACAUUCACAGUUCUUCAUGUAAGCAGAAGCUGGUGCUUUCUCUUAACACUGCAAAAAUUCACAGACCUUCUUGCACAGAGCUCUGUGUACUCAGAGGAACCCUGCAGAGCAUCUAUCGGGCAUCGUUUCAAGCAAUGAGAUUUUAAUUAGAACAAGUGUUCCCAGCCCUUGCCAGCUUCCUUUAAAUCAAGGAAAAUCUUUUCCAGGGCAACACACCCAGAAUACUCUGCAGGUCACAGAGUGAUCUCACUUUUAAGUCUGGGGAUCAGCUGGCUAUCAGAAUCAUUUCCUUCUUCCCAUAGUAGAAGCUGCUUUUCUGGGAGAUAGUUGAGUGGAAUAUAAAUUGUACCCAUACCACCACCAGCUCCCAUCUAAUUGGGGCUGGGCAUGUCAGUACUUGCUUUGACCUCUGUGCCCAAGGAGGACUGGGAAUGAAGAACGAUGAGAGCCUUGAAAUCAGGGCUGAGGCCUUUGCAUGUGGCCCACGAGGCUGUUUUUGUAAAGCCAUGCCCACCUUGCCUACAUCUGAUGCCACACGUGUCAAUAUUUAUCCAGUCGUAUGAACUGAAAAUUAUUUCAGGCACAGAGAAGUAUUUUACAUCAAUGUAUUCACAAGAUUGCACAUCAGUAAUAUUACAAAUACAGUGCGGUACAUGAGCUGGAGUCAACUACAUCAAUAUUUUUAAUUAUAGUGUGAAGCAUACAGGGGCUCUAACUAGAUUUCUGAGCCCAUUGCAGUAAUAGCAAACAAAAUUAAUUAGAAAGAGAGAGCAUGUGUUGUAGUUGAAUGGUGAGAGGGAAGGUAAAUCUCAUAAGCUAGAGCUGGUUUCCCCCACUCUUUCCAUAGAAACUCUGGUGUUCAUGGAUAUUUGUCAUAUUUAGGGAGUCUCUGCUGAUUUCCCAUUGGAGCAGAAUGGAGCAACUGCAGGAAACAUUGAGGCAGAAGGUGCUGAAGGAAAAGAACUGGCAGGAAAAGGUAAUACUGGAUUUCCAGUGUCACGUUUAUUUGUUUUCUCCAACUUCAGUCAGUUGUCAGGCAAAUGUGCCCGACACUCAUUUCCUAACAGCUUCUGUUCAGCUACUCUUUCAUAUUUUUUCAUCCAAAAUUAAGGUUACUGUACAAAAAAAUACUGAUUUAUUUAUUUAAAAUGUUUAUUCCAACAUACAACUCCACAGAAACACAGGGCAGCCUAUGGCAUUUUAAAAAACAUGGUGAAUGUAAAAGCAGGAGAGGCAGGGUUAGCAUUUCUGCUUAAAGACCCAAUGCUAUAUAACGCAUGACUCAAAAUAUUCAGCUGCCAUUUUGUGUGUUCAUCACCAUAUUUGAAGCAAAAGGCAACAUUUGUCUGGGAAGGUGAGCUAGGAUCCCUUAGCUGAGACAAAACAUGUCUCAGACCCUCUGUAUCAGCCUUUGCCAGCCUGGUGCCCUCAGGUGUGGUGGGGGUUGUAGUCAAAAAAAUCUGCAGGGCAACAGGCAAACACAGCUCUAUACACUAGCGUGGGACCUCCUGAAAAUAUUAGUGCCCAACUUUCCUCCAGUUCCUAAUCUAAUACAAGCAGAACUGUGUCACCUAUUGACUGGCUAUGGAAAGUCCUGACAAUUUGUUUAUUUGUUUAAGGUAUUUAUAUAUUGCUUAGUUACUGAAGUAUCGAAGUGGCGAGUCUCCUUUUGAACUCUUUCUCACGGUGAAGAAUCUGCUGUUGGUCUCCUCCACUUCUUGCAAACCACACUGCUUGUUCAUGCAAUAAACCUCAGACAUGCUGAUAUGUUGCUUUUUAAAACCCUCUUUGAGCAGUUCACACAUGCAUCACUUGGUUACUUGCAGUUGAAUGUGUGAACUUACUCCACUGAAUGCCAUCGGGGUUUUUUGCAGGUUCUUUCUGUGGUGCCUCGUUUUCAUGUUUAUAACAAACAUACAAUGGCUCAUCUACAGACUUGAUAAUGUGAAUAAGUUCCAUAUUAGACAGCUGUUCUCUGUCUUCUAUUCAGGUGUCUGGGCUGAGGGAUCUGCAAUCUUUUGUUUCAAACAACUUCCUCAAAAGUCUACUUAUGUUCUUUACUCAUGAUUGGUCAUUAAACCCCAAGCUUUCAAUGCCAGGCUCUUAAUGUUCACAUCUUUUAUCCCAGUAGGCACAGAUUAUACACAUUCAUCAUCAUUUUAGGCUUUUAUUAAUAAAUAUAUCAAGCUGUCCUAAACAACUUAAUUUCUCACAUAUAGGAUAUAAUUUUAGCAUGAGGUCACUCUGUUUGCACCAUCAGAAUUUGUUGUGCAACUUGACAUUUAAAAUGGAUAAAGAACUAACAGAAAUAAGAGACAGCACUUAGAUUUGCUAACCAGUAUUAAAAUGUGCUGAAUGUCAAGUGUUCUGAAAAUGCUCUCAUCAGACCAAAGAGAUGUUGCUGUAUUUUUCUUGGGUCAUUGUGCCAUUACAUAGGCAUAAUGUGUUCCCUUUAUUUUUUAAAAAAAUCAAUCCACAUGUUUUGUUAAAUGGGAAAAAAUCUCUUUUAAAAUUAAGUUGCUUCAAGUGGUGUUUUGGCAUUUAAUGCAUGGAGUUAUAAAAAUGCUCUGCAAGUAGAAGAAAUCAAUUGUUGCUAUGCAACUUGAACAAGAUAAUUGAGAAAUGUCUUUCAGAAUCCUCAUUAUUAUGGUUAUUAGUUCCCCUGAUUUCAGGUGUUUGCUAAAUGGGAAACAUUUUCAUCCUGAGAGUAGUUUCCAGUGAUGUGUCAAUACUGCCAGUCAACUUUCAUUUCAGACCCCCGCUGGUAAUGUUUAAGUGUACUUCAGCCACUUCCCUGACCUGCACAUGCAACAUAUAAUAAACCCUUGUGCUGCACUUCAGCAGUGAUGAGGUCCACUUCUUUACCAGCACAGAGGUGAUGUCCUGAUAGGAAAAACACAAUUAUCCUGAUUUGUAAGCAGAAGUAUACACAGAAUGGGUGCUGCCCACACAUUUCACAGGGUUAAAAAGCCUGAUCUGGGAGUUGAGGCUGUGCUCCCCUCUUUCCCCAAAGAGAUGUCCAGCAGUACUCAAUUUGACUGGGGUUGGGGUUCUUUCUAGGUUGGGCAUCAGCCCAGCAAAAUGAGCAUAGCAGAGGGCAAGGGCACAUUUAAAAGGCAUCAAGUAUAAGCCCUGCCUGCCAAGGAACUAUUGAAGGUGCAUUUAAAGACUCCUGAUAGUCCUUUGCCGCCAUGUUCCUUUUCACCCGCGUCUUCAACUUGCUCCACAUUUGACAUUAUAUCAAGUGUGGGGAACGUGGGUAUGGCUUGCACCAAACUGCCUUGUGGGCCAAAUCUGUACAGCUGCCAGGUUGAAAGGCUGGAGCUCCCCCACUGCUUGUCUGUGCCAAAAAAUGUUGACAUUUCUCGUAAAUGUUCAUGAAGUUCUCAUAAUGAGAGCUUGAGAGUGCGCCAAGGUGUGAAUCUCUGAUUAGAAAGCUGCAAUAACGAGACCAUCCUUUUGUGUGGGCUCCAGUCAUUCUGCUAAUUUGCCUUUGAGAUAUAAUCGAAAUAAUGCUUUUCAGAGCAAGCAAAAGUUCUGGGUGUGCUCACACUUCCUUGAGCAAUGAGAAAUUCUUGAGGUUACGUUACAGAGCUUAGGUUCUGUUGGGAGAGAGGGGGAAAGAAUAGUGGAGACUAUUUUCACCUAUGCAAAUGGAAGCAAAGAGACGUGUUUAACAGUUUUUCAGAUUUCCAGAAAGAGCCCGUACUUCACCUUCCACAGGCAAAUGUCCCACCAUUCCCUCUCCCCAAAUUCGUUCUUCAGACUGGCUUCAAGCUGUUUCUGUGCAUUGCCUUCUAGCUUUGAGGGGUGUUGCAUUUUGGAGGCGAGAGUCAUCGGGGAACAAAUCCCUGAACCCAUUUAGGCAACUCCUUAGGCAAAAUCACUGUGUUAAUGAUUCACUCUUAGCAAUACAACCCACAUUCAGAUCAUCAAAACAAUAUGUUGGCAUGCACUUAAGUUCUAUUGAAAACAAUUGGAAUGGAGCUUAGACUGCAAUCAUCUGCACACUAACUGGAACCGAGCAUCAUCAAGCAAGGAGGUACUUGUUUCCAAGUAAACAUCCAUAAGAUGAGCUGGCUGUGUGAAGUUUAGAGACCAGUGGUGCAUCAGGCACUUCAGAUGGCAACGACAGCUAUCUAUAUCUGUGUGUAUUCAUACAAUAUUGCUGAUAGCUUUUAUAUUUCUCUGUGAUUAGCAUUAUAUAUAUAUUAUGGUUUUGCAUGCUUUGUAUAUUUCAUACCAAUGAAAAGUUAUAGAUAUAAAUAGAUACAUACAGGCUGUUCAUCUUGAUUAACAGAAUUUUUUACCACCCCCUUUUUCUGAAUUGGGUGCCUGUACAUUCAAUGUAAAACAAGACACGAGUUGAACAGAUACUUACUGACACCCAGGUUUUUCGCUUUCUAGAUCAAAGCUGAUAGAGCAAAGGAACAAGCUCAUCACAAAGAGGAGAUUCUCAGCCUCAAAGAGGAAGCCAGAAUGGAACUAGAAAUUGAGAAACAAAAGCAUCAAGAAUUGAUUGCAAAAUAUCAGAAAGAUCACGAUGACCAGCUACACCUUAAGGUUUUAGCAACUAGAAAUAAACUGCUUUGGGAUUUUGACAAAUGCACUGGGCAGGGGGGAAUUCACUUAAUUUCAUCAUGUAGAUCAAAUGAUACCAUGGGGCGGUUAGAUACAGUCAGGGUGUUAGACACAGACAGAGUCACAGUCUAGGUUUUGAAGAUUUAGAGCUGACAUCAAUAAACAAUCCCAGAAUCAAUAGUUAUUGUUGACAUGGGCAAGCAGCAAAAGAGUGUUUUAGUUACAGCAUGUUGCUCAAACUGGACUUGUUUAUAGAGUCAAGACGCCCAGAUUGUCAUUUCUGAGUUGUAAUCCUGUCUACAAAAUUUGAGGAAUCCCUGGGAGUCUCAGGCACACCCUUUUGCGACUCCCUUCGGACUUUUACAGAUCACAAUGUUCUUCUGUGUGACUGUGAAAUCCAUCAAUCAGAGGCAGCAGCUCUGCUGUUAAACACAUUUAUCCCACUUCAGAAAAGAAAUGAGUCAGGAACCCUCUUUCCAUUCAUUUUACUUCUUGAGCUCUGCCCCUUGAGGCUGAUACUUCGAAGAGUCCAAAGUGACUUCUAUGGUGGCUGUCCCAGGAAAACUGAUCAUGUAAACAGGGUAAUUCUCACAUGUCUAUGUGCUUGAAGUAAAUUCUGAUUAUCAAAUGGUAAAAGAAUGUGCAAUCAAUCUAAUGCAGUGUUGCAUUUUGGUAUAAGCCCAAAAUUCCUAACCCAAUUUUUAUUUUAUUGCUCUGGCUUCUCCUGUUUUGAAAAUGCAUAAAGAUCAUAUUUGGGGCCGGGAAGGGGGAAGUGAUCAAUGUUCAAUAGAGGAGAAUAUGCAGAAGGUUCCAGGGUCCAUCUCCAGUAGUGCUGGACCCAAGUAUCUUCCCAGUGAUUUUUAUAAGUUUUGGAGAGGGAAUGAACUCUCCCCCUAAUCCAGUUGGCUGGAGGUGGGGGAAAGCAAAUUCUUCACAUUUUUGUGAGGAAGAGGUGUGUCUUACCUUUUGUAUGCAAGGUGGCUAGGAGUUUCUUCCUUCUACACCUGCCACCCUCAAAAAAGGACAUUUCCUCUUCAAUGAAAGAGAAGCUGGCUGGGAAGAAGAUAGGAUUAGGGCUGCCAUAUGUCCAGAAUUUCCCGGUCAUAGCUGGGAUUCACCCAUCAGAAAUAGCGUCUGGGCGGAAUUUGCAGAAAUCGGUAAAAACGUCCAGGGAAACCUGAGCAUAUAUAGCAACUUUGCCCAAAAAACCCAACCCUCAACAACUUUUGUGUCUGAAUUUUCAUUUUUUGAAAUACAGCAACCCCAAGUAAGACCAGAAAAGUAAAGGAAGUUGAGAAGCCAUUGGCAGCCACCUCUGUAGAAGGGAACAGGCACUGUCUUCUCUCACAGCCCCCGCCAUGCCUUUGUGCCGCACUGCAGCUCACUUGGCAAGGAUCACCUCAGAAUUUCUGGAUUUGAGAAGCAGGAUCUGCUUUGCAGAGCUUGUCAUUUGUUAAGAUCAGAUUGGCAGUCACCGGGAACAGGGCCUUUUCAUUGGACAGGCUCCAUUAUGGAAUUGCCUCCCUGAGAAAAUCCAGCAGCUAACAUCCCCACUUCAUACAGAGUCUUCAGACAUGUCACAAAGGCUUGUUUGUUUGUUUGUUUGCUUGUUCUGCAAGGCUUUCUAUGAGCAAAACUUUCUAUCUCAGUGCUGACUUCUGGAUACUUAAAACUUUUCUGCUACAUUAUUUAUGGAUCUUUUUAGUUCUUUGCCAUUUAUUUUAUUCGUUUAUUGGAAAGCAAAUUAAUGAAUAAAAUAUACAACAUAAUAAAUAUUCCUUGUUCAUUCAUUUGUGAUCUGUCCUUGAACUAGUGCAGUUUGCUCUCUCUCUUGUCCUAGUGCAGUAAUACACUUACAUAAAGAACAGGCAUGCCCACACAGCUGUUUAUCGUGGACUUGGAUUUAAACAGAUAUUAUAUAUGUAUAUAGUUUUAAUUAUGUCAUGGUUUAAUUGUUUUUAAUUAUUAUUAUUUUCUAUGUUUUUUGCAAUUCUUGUUUUUAUCUUUAUCUUGAGUCCCAUUAGGAAAAAGGUGAGGCAAUAAUAAUAAUAAUAAUGCACAUUUUUUGCAUCUUCCACAAAACAUUAUCCUCAUCAAGAUGUUGUCCCGUGCCCCCACUUUAAACCAGAUAUGCCAUUCUGCUUUUCCUUUCAACAUCUAGUUUUCCCCCCCUGAAAAGGUAAAUCCUGAUUAAAUGGGGAAAUAAUACUUAAUGGCAUUUUAAGGAGGACAGUAUUGUGUGGGUCCACGGUGUAAAAUGUGCAAGCAUCAAGUCCACAAUAAACUGGAAAAACCCACCCCUUUUUAAAGAAAAAAAGGCCACACAUUUUAUCUGAAUUAUUGUUAGCACUGCUGAUUUAUGAAGUGAUGAUUUCACAUCUUUCUCCGUCUUUUGAAACCUCACUUAACCCUACUGAAAAUGUGUUUAACCAAAGGGGUGCCUUGCCAUCACGCCUUGCAAACCAAUGAAUGUCAUUAUUUGUCUUUCAGAUACCUGCAUUGAUAUCAAGUGCCACGAAUAGCCUGAAGAUGGAAGUGGGCACCCUUGAAAAGAAGCUCUGUGAAGCCCAGAUCAAGCUUACAGAGAAGCACCGAGAGAGAGAGGAGGAAUGGCAAAGUUUAAAAAAACAAGUUGCCGUGCUUGAGCUCCAGCUGCAGGAGGAACAGAGCGCCCAUCAUUCAGUGACAGAAGACAUGAGAGAAGAAAUAAAGAAGAAAACUUAUGAGCUGGAAAAACUGACUCAAGAGCAAACGCAGUUGAUUCAGAAAAUGAAUCAGGUUCAAGAGGAGGUAUGAAUUCAACCAGGGUUCACAAUUGAAUGUCUCAUCUCUUAAGUCCUUUACAUGCCUUGUCUUGGUUGAGACCUAACCAUCCUAGUCCAACAAACUUGGGAGCAAGCCAUGAAUCUGCACAGUCUUUCUUCCCCAACCUUUUCCUCCUCUCUUGUGCACCUUCCUGGUUGCUUAAUGUGUACAUGGUCAUCCAUGACAUCAGAGCCAAAAACUAGAAUAUCUAACCAAGAUCAACUUGCGUUUUGAUGUCCUGGUAUGUAGGGAUCUUUCAAAACACAGUUUCCCGGUUUGGACAUCAUGAGAAACUGUGUUAAGAAAUAAGGAAGUGUUCAGUUAAGACACAAUGGAAGAGAUGGAGGGAUCAUCAGGCACAGAGCUUGUUCCUGGUUGAACAAACAGUGGUUUGUUGCAUUAGGAUUGUUAAGCCCAUUAUGUUGAACAUGUGGAAGAGGGGAGUGGGGUUGCACAUACUGACCUAGCUCCCAAAUUCUACAUGCUCAUUUCACUGUCUGCAUCAGUGUAGUAGGGUUCUCUCCGCGUCCUCCAAUACUUAAGAAACCCGCUUUCCCAGAAAGCCCUACAUGUAUACCAUAGUACAUGCAUAAGUUAUUUGCUGGGAGGAGCGCAGAGAGAAGAAAUACCAUAGUGCAUCUCUAGCAGCACAACCGGAUGCCUUCAUCUGCCCUAGCUACAACAAAACAUGUCUCUCCCAUAUUGGUCUCUACAGCCACAGCAGACACUGUAACCUUCCAACAGUUUGUUUUCACCCACAAAGACGCACUCCUCCAUUAUCUCCCAAGACAGAUGGAUGCCAACCAAGUUGUUUGCAGACAGUCAGGCACAGGGAAGUCUAGAGCAGGGACACUGCACAAUGCUGUUGACUUUCAUAUGUUCAGAGCAACAUGCAAAAAGUUAUCAUUGCUCAUCACUUGAAAGCACCCAUAGCUGUCUGAUCAGAACUGGCUCCACUGAUAAGUGUCAUGUCAGACGAAACAAAAUUUUUGGAAGAGGUACAUCUUUGUGUAGCAUUUGAGCUGCAGUGACUUUCACACAUUUGAGUGUUGCUGCCAUCAAGUGAUGAGCCAUUGUGUGUGAACUCAUCCCUCGAGCAUGUCUGGUUUGCAGGAUACAACCAGGAAUAUAGGGAAUUGAACCAAGCCCAAGAGUAUGAGGAUCUAAGGAAACCUUUCUCUUGGGACAUAUUCAUGGAAUUUUAUCAGCCCGUAGAAACAGCAACAAUGAUGCAGGAAAAUGCAUGGCAACAUCAUUCCUGAAUGAGUGUAGUCUGGCCCCAGGGUGAAGGCAUCCUUUGUGGUAGCAGUGUCAGGGCCGCAGAUUGACCAAGGUUGUCCCAUUCUGCGCAUGACCCUCAACAGAAGCUGUGUCCACAUUUCUCCCUGCUCCCGCUUCUCUUCCAACAAAGAGCACAUAUCCUUUUGAAGUCUCCAGGGAGUUCUCUGCUAGCCGCAGACAAAGCGCCCCAGACACAAUAAAAGUGCCCUGUGAAAUGUAGCUGUCAAGUUCAGUCAGACUGUGGUAGUGACCUUGAAUCUUGCAAAAUAUAGUAGGAAUAGUAGUACAUAGGCCAGAACAAGACAUUCUGAAAUAGAAUAUGCCAAAAUAGAAUAAACCCCAAAGACUCAGCUGCGUGUAGGAAUUACGAGCCAGAUGUCAAAAAUUAUCAAUCCAAAUGGGACGUGCUAAUUUUCCUUGUGACAACUGAUUGGAUUACUUAUUAAAAGUAAUUUGUACCCCAGUUUUCGGUUUUUAAAAAUGCCCAAGGUAGCUUAUAAUAAAAUAAUUAAACAGUGGAAAAAUCAAAACACUAAUACACCCCAAAAGAGGCUAAGAACUGGGAGGUUUCUUUAAAAAAGAUUUAAAUAGCUCAGAUUCCUGAGAGUAUGAAACAUUUGAGAAGCCAAACACCAAAAUCAAAAAGAGUUCAGAAAAUGGCAGCCAUCUGAGAUCAGGCAAGAUAAGCCUAUGCAGGGACAUAGGCCAUCUCAGGGUGAUUACAUCCCUUUCUACAAAUUCAUGCCAUAUUUUGGAAAGGGUACUGCAGAUAAGGCAACCUAAGGGCCAAACAAGACAAUAUUAAUGUCUCUAGCCCUUACGUGAAUAAGCCCUUUUCUAAAACAUGAAUAGCCAGCAUGGAUGCAAAGGGGCAAUUCAGAUAGGGACCGUAGUGAGAUCCUCUGCCACAGUACUGAUCAAUGGAUAGAAACAAAAAUCAGGUAUGGGAAACCUGUGGCCCUACAGAUGUUGUUGGACUCCAACUCCCAUCAGCCCCAGCUAGGAUGGCCAAUGGCCAGCCAGGAUGGGAGUUGUAGUCCAACAACAACUGGAGGACCACAGUUUCAUCCUCCUUGUCCUAGGGGAAAGAGAUGCAAGCAUGAGGGUUAGGUUUUGUCCUUUUGUUUUGGUAAAAUGAUGGCAUGUUUUGCUAAAUCUCCACAAUCCAAAUAUUUCCCUUUGUGUGGCAUUAGAACGAAGGUAGACAGGUGCAAGCUACACCUGCUGAAAUUUCCUCUUCUGUAUAACUGUUAAUGGUGUAGACCAUCCUAAUGAUGUUCUGCAGUCAAUAAGAGAGCAAGUCCUUGAUUCACAUCUCUUUAAAAAAACACACCAAAAUUUUGCUAAAUACAAUAUCAAAUUGAGAGCAAACAUAAACAGAUACAACUAGGCCAUAUGGUACUGAACCAUGUGAGUUUGGGUAGCUUUUUAGGUCAUCAUAAAACUCUGCCACUAAAAUAAAUAUGUUUAUCUCUGAGACUGUACCAUAUGCCCCCCUGUCUCCCACUGAAAGGUGGAAAAGUUGAGCCAUUCAAAUAGACAUUUGUAACCAGAGGCUGUUAAGUUUUAUUUCUUGCCCCAAACUUUCUUGACCUUGCUUGCAGGGUGGGAGCCAGUCAAUUUUGGGGUAUUGAUGAAAGAGUGAAUAUAUCACCUUUAAAUAUUUUAGUACCACCUUUGCUUUUAAAUAUUUUUAAAUUGCUUGAUGUGAUUUCGUCUCUCUCAACAAGGUCUUAUUUUGGAUUCAUACUAAAAUAAGACCUCAUUAUUCAGAUUCAGAUUGAAAUAGGACUACUAAUGAAAUCAGACUGAGCUCAUAAUUUAGAAUCAGAUCCUUCACAAUGUCCUUGACUCUGUUGGGGUUUGUUUGCUUUUAAUUCUUUAUAAAAUGCAAAACCAUCUAACACUUUUCCAGCCCUUAAUUCUCAGUGGUUAUUGCAUGCCAAGGCCCCAUGACCCACAUUUCCCUAGUAGAUAAUAAACACAUGUACACAAGUAUUUUGGCUUAUGGGUUCAAAUAGGCCACAAUUUUAUUGGUUACAGAUGUGAGUGAUUUGGCUUAGGCAUUGGGUGAAGCCAGGCUGUAUUUCGACUCCCACCUGUCUGCAGGGAGUCCAGCUAAGAGUAAACCACCAAUAAGAGGAGCCCUAUAACUUACAUCAAAUGGGGGCACCCCAAGGGGUCCCCAUAGGGGUCAUGGCAUGGUCCUAGCCCACGUCCGGGCAUCGGACAGAAGCCACAUCCUUGGAUCCAUUUAAAGAUGAGCGGUCUUGCUGCAAUGAAGGUGAAGGUAGACGUGUGUGUUAAAAAAAUUCCAACUCACUCCUUCCAAGGGCUUGAGGCACAUAGACAUCGCCAAAGAAAUUUCUGAACCAUGUGAUCUUCCGGGGGGGGGGGGCGGAUAUAUGGCCUUUGCAGUUCUGUUGUCAGCAAAUCUAAGUGCUAUACAGUUGCUGGAAAAGGCAUCCAACUGACAUUCAGUUCAAUGUGGCUUGCACAGUAUAAUUCUUAAUGCUGGGUUACGCACUAUAACUCAGGAAAAAGGGUUUUGCUCCAUUUAUUAACUUAAAUGCAGCUUGAAUAUCUAGUAUCAUUGUGGAUAUUUUCCUCUACCAUUAUCAUCCUUUUCUCAUUUAACCUUAACCGCAAUUCUGUUGAGAAAAGUGGUUGAAAAUAAAAUGGACAACUCAAGGCAGAUUUAUAAAAUUAUGAAUGGUAUAGACAUAAUUUGUCUUGUUUAUUUUUUGUUUAUUUAAUUUACAGACAAUUUAGAGAGAGUGUGUGUAUGAAUGACACACACAAACAUAUACACACACACAAUAAGUACAAUGGUACCUUGGUUUAUGAACUUAAUCCAUUCCGUAAGUCCUUUCUUAAACCAAAGCAUUCUUAAAACAAGGCAUGCUUUCCCAUAGCAGCGGGGGACUCAAUUUAAAAAUGGAACACACUCAACAGGAAGCGGAACGUGUUUUUAUUCCAAGGCAAAGUUCACAAAUCAAAACACCUACUUUCGGGUUUGCAGCAUUCUUAAUCCAGGUUGUUCAUAAACUAAGCUGUUCUUAAACCAAGGUACCACUGUACAAUAAAAACCAUGUCAAAUAAUUUACACAAGAGAACAAAUGUACAAAGAAUAUCCAUAUAGAUAAAACCAGAGAGCAUUAAGAAGGCAACAUAAUGAAGAUUAUUCAAGCAAUAUAGCACACAUUCAUGCAACUUGCCAAUCUCACUCAGCAGUCCACACGGCCACCAGAACCUUUCACUGCCUCAUACAUUUUGUCUUAUCGACCAGCCACUCAAACAUAAACUACUCACACUCAACAAUAUCACAACUCGCAUACAAAGGAUUCUGCCAAGGACCAUAUAACACUGGUGCAUUUGCUCUCAGUACAUUUCCGAGCACAAUUCAAAGUGUUGGUAUUAACCUUUAAAGCCCUAAACAGCCUCAGUCCUGUAUACCUGAAGGACCGCCUCCAACCCCACUGUUCACCCCGGACACUGAUGUCUAGCUCUGAGGGCCUUCUGGAGGUACAGGGAACCAGGCAGAGGGCCUUCUUGGUAGUGGCAUCCACCCUGUGGAACGCCCUCCCAUCAGAUGUCAAGGAAAUAAACAACUAUUUGAUUUUUAGAAGACAUCUGAAGGCAGCCCUGUAUAGAGAAGCUUUUAAUGUUUGAUGUUUUAUUGAAUUUUAAAUAUUUUGUUGGGAACCACUCAGAGGGGCUGAGGCAACCCAUUCAGAUGGGUGGCAUAUAAAUAAAAUUGUUGUCUUUCCCUUGAUUGGGACACUAUACAUCAGUUAGAAUAGCAUUAGCUUUUUUGCUACUGCAUCACAGUGUUGACUCCUGUUAUUUUUAUGGUCUACUAAGACCCCUAGAUCCUUUCCACAUGUACUACUGGAAAGCCAGGUCCGCCCCCCCCCAAUCUUAUAUUUGUGCAGCUGGUUCUUCUUGCCUAAGUUACCUUUUGACUAUGUGGUUUUUUUGUAUAUUUGGUAUUUUUAAAAAUGAACAGUGGUAUAUAGUAUUUUAAUCAAGUUGUAUCCAGGGUCAGUUUUGUGUCUAGCCAAAGAACCAAGUGGAGCAAGCAUUUCCAAAAAAGCAAACAUCUUUUGAAGCUGAGGUGAGUUUCAAAAGCAGUUUGUGAUGCGUCAUGGCACUCUGCACUGUUCAAAGGAAAGACUGUUUUAGAGAGCCCUGAGCGCAUCUGAACUCUAAAGUACCUCUCUGCAUCCCAGGCACAGAUGUUCUGUCACCACACCCAAGGCAGAAGAACGCGGCAGCCAAUACUUUUACUGACAUGAAUACGUUGCUUAUCUGUUUUCAAGCGUUUCAGCACAUAAUGCGUAGUCGCCUGUGCACUCUGUUCCUUGAGUCCUCUACGUUUUAAGAAGAAAGCACGCAAUAUUUAUACCUUUUCUUUUUGUCUUCCCUGACAAAUGCCUUAUGAAAUAUGUCUUUCUUUAUGCUCGCAGAAUGCUCUUCUCCAGGACACAGUGCGCAGGGAGUGUGAGGAACGGUAUGAGCUCACCGAAGCCUUGGCUCAAGCCAAAGAACAAGUCGUGGAGCUAAAGAAACUCGGUGGAAACUUCCAAUUGUCACAGUGUUCUCUCAGUCAGGGCAGCCUAACCUCCGCUGCAUUGGUCAGCAAUCACAGGCAGAGGAGCCCAAACUGUGGGAAAGGAAUAACAUUCUCGGGACACUGUGGGAUUUCAAGAGCCACUAAAGCACCACUCUCGAAUAGGUACAAAAGCGGCAUGAACGCAAGCUUGCCUGCUCUGCCUGCGCUGCAGUCCCCAAGCAGAAAAACAUCUCUAGAUGAAUCCAGGAAGAGAAUCACAGCAGUUCUAAAAAGACAGAUGAGUGAGCUGUGAUGAGUCAAGGACUGCACUCUCUCUCUCUCUCUCUCUCUUUCUCUUUUAUCGAGAAGAGUCAGGGAAAAAAACAGUGGCAUAGGUCAUUAGGCCACCUCAGUGUGGCCCACAGGGGAAAAUACCAGAUUUUACUGUCGGGCAAUUAGCAUGUUUCUAACGCUGAGUGUUGUUUUAUAUACAAGCAACAUCAAAUUAAGCUAAGCAGUGGUUUUUAAUCUCACACAUGUUUAUGUUGUAUACUGAAAUCAUGAAUCGGCAUUUUGCUUAGUAAAUGCUGGUGACUUAGGUCUGGUUCUGACUAAAGUAGCAAUCUUGUGUAUGGGCUUCUGCCUGCAGAUGGGGCUUCACGUAAAGGAUAAACUGAAGAGCAGGGUGGAAAUAUUUCCCUACAGCAAAGUAGAUGUCAGGGGUGUCAAGCCUAGCCUUGUCCCUGCAUGUAGAAAACUAGUGUGGCAAGGAGAAGACUGGGCUAAAACAUUUGUGUGUGUACAGGAUAUGUAUUCAGUCUGAAGUGGUACGAUGCAGACUCAGAUAUAGCACGUCAAUGAGAAUGAGGCCUCUCUACAACAGGUGUAGAGGAUAUAGUAAAUUGAUUAAAGUAUUUCACACCUACACUAUCCUGAAGUGGUAUUUUUCACACUGCGUGCCUCUGUUGUUAAAAAGUUAAUAAAAACAUGCAAAAUUUUCCCCCACCUCACAA